UGGAAGCAGGGCUCCUUACAAGGGACUAUGCAGUUCUACAUCAAACUGUAUAAAAACUCUCAUUAUGUAUUUGCCUGUGUGCUCGCGGGGCUAAAUCUUUAUUAUUGCUGCUAGGGAAUAUGCACACAGCUGCACGUGCACGCGUGAGGAAACGAGGAUCUCGUGCUGCUUCUGCUGCUGCUGCCGCGAGACAGAGAGGGGACUGUGGCGUGUUUUCAUCAUUAUAAUCACCAUCCUAAGUACUAGCUCUUAACAUUUUGUUUUUCGGUGUUCAGGCGAGAAGUGACAAGAAUAUAGACCCCUCCUCUGCAGGGCGGAGCGUGCAUUUUCACUCCGUGUUUUCUAUUUUUUAUUUUUUUAUUUUUUCUCUCCUCUCCUCUCCUCCUCUCCUCUCUCGCCCUGUUCCCUGCUCUGACACGUCUGCACUGAGUGAGUGGCAUUGGCACACUGUCAAUCGCUCACUCCCGCUGCCAUCAAACAACAUAAAACACACACAGGCAGAGGCUGGAGCUCAUAAAUUUCAGCAGGGCUACAUCUUUUUUGCGCAUCGCCUUUACGCAGCGUUGUGUCCUCAUUAAUUUCUUCUUUUUUUUUCUAGACACAACUUUUUUUUUUUACAUUUCAUAUUUUUAUAGUCAUAUUUGGACACCUUACGCCGCAAGAUUGUGCAUUUUUUUCUAAAUACUGUCAGCUGUCGCGGGAAUCAUUUCUGCACAUUUAUAGUUGGCAACACCUGCGAGAUUUUUCUACACUGUGUUUGCACGUUUGGAUAUUUUUUUUUUGUUGUUGUUGCUGUUGCCGGUGCUUCCCGAGGAGGAUUUGGACAUUUUAUUUUGGAGAGGAAAUGCGCCGGGAAUCCCACGAAGAGCGCAAAUAAAUGAGAGAUCACCGGGAGCGUUUGUGUCUGUAGCAGCCGUCAAAUCCACGAGAAAAGACUGAUUGGCACGAGGAUCCGCGCGGGGAAACGAUGGACCGGCAAUUUUGACAAAGAAGUGUCAAAAGAAGACUGAAGAUUUAUGCGUUUUUCUUCACGCAUAUCCACGCGUUUUGGCACUUUGGACCGCGCGUAAAAAAAGCGACAGGACAGCGAGAACUUGGACACAAGAUUUACGCGUGAACGUCUCUGCUCCGUGUUUUUAUUUUUCAUCCAAAAGAAGAGAAACGUGUGCGCGCUGUAGACCGCCGAAGACCCCCACAGCCGGCCGUGCAUCCCUCCUGUCUGUCUGUCUCUCUGUCUGCGGCACAUGUUUUAGUCCAUUUCGUAUAUGAGUUUUUCAAUUUGUGUGGCUCAGUGCACAGACUCUUUAGCGGCUAACAUGGACGAUCAAGCCCGGAUCAUGCAGUCGAUCGGCGGCGUGAGUCUGGCCGGCCACUCGGUACAGGGAGGCAUGGCACUGCCGCCUCCACAUGGACACGAUGGGACGGACGGAGACGGAAGGAAACAAGACAUUGGUGACAUUCUGCAUCAAAUCAUGACCAUUACUGAUCAGAGUCUGGACGAGGCGCAAGCAAAGUUGGUUGAUUUAUAUGUUUUAUUAACUUGGCCCCCCUCCCUGAAACGCUGAACGCAUCAUUAUUGAGAUGUGGCCCGCUUAACUUAAGUCCCCCAUGCAUAACAAUAGGCUGGAGUGGCUUUAAUGAUGAUCUCCCUCUGAGGUGGUGUGUGUUAAACAGGAGAGAAAAGUUGUCAGUGAAGGAAAGAGAAAGAAAAGAGGAUUUUGGCUGCUUGGAAAAGUUUCUGCUCACACUAGAGAUCAGAUAAUUUCUGCUUUAAAACUCAGAAUAAAUUCUCUGACAGUCAUGAAGUUGUGUCAGAUAUUCUCAUGAUUUUAUUUUAACUUUGAGUGAAGAAGUUUGUGAUAAAGCUGCAGAGUAAUUGUGAGUGUGUGAGUGUGGUGAGUGUGAUGUUCAGUGAAUUUAUUUCAGUAUUUUAUCUUGUCUUAUACUGAAACAGGAAACAUGGACUCAACUGUCACAGAAUGAAACCAGCACUCUUCAGCGUUCUCUGUGAAAUCAAAGAAAAGACAGGUAAGAGCUUUCAAUCAACACACACACACACACACACACACACACUUCUCAUCAACACAAGCACAGGAGCCGAGCCGACACACACACACACACUAACACACACUAACACACACUUACACAGAGACCUGCUCAGCCCCCAGUGAUCCGGGUACGUCCAGGUUCCAGGUUAGCUCUGCCCAAAUGAAUCAGUGUCGUCCUUCCAUCAUGUCAGGGUGUUGUCACAGCGGAGGGACAGUUUGUGUUUUUUUGUUUCCUGCUCAGAAAGUGUGUUCGAGUUUCCUCACUCACUCAGUCACUCACUCAGUCACUCAGUCACGACCCCGACACUGACCAGGAUGGAGAGAUAUGAUCCUGAUUUCUGAAUCUUCACGAAUAUUCAGUCCAAACCCGAAAACAGCAGCUUCACCUCCUGACAGAAUUCCUCUGUGAUCAGGUUCAGAUUUUAUCUCUGAAAACAAAGAAGGAAAUACGAAAAAAAUUCAGAUUAUUCAUCAGACUGGAGAAAAUAUUUGAAGAAAUUAUAAAAAAUAUUAGAAGGAAUUUUUAAAGAAAAUUACACUUGAUAAAAAUUUAAUUUGCACCAUGAUAAAAAAAAAUCAGAAUUUUUCAGGCGCAUGUCGGAGUCACACUUUAAACAAAGAGGAGUUUAAAUUAUACCACUGAUAUUUAAUUUAGUUUUUUGUGUAAUUCUUUGUUUUAAUUUCCUCUUUAGUAAAAAUCACCUCCUCUCUUCUUCUACACUUGACCAGGAUCACACCACCAACCCCAACACUCACUUACACUCCCCUUUUUUUAUUCCUCUUUUCUUCUCUUCUGGGAAUUUAAAUCAGGAUGUUUUUAUUAUUUUACACACGACUAAUUUUAUUUUUUAAGUAUAAAUCUGUUUGUCUGAGAAAAAAAAUGACAACAGGAAUAAAACCUUGUCGUCAGCUCGGUGUGAAUUAGCGGGUCAGAUUUGUGACCUUUGUGCUCUUUACGAGGAAAGCGGCUCGGCAGAGAUCAUAAAACUUUAUGAACUUCUCGAACACAGGUGGUGUCCGCAGGGGCGGGCGGAGGGGCUACAACUGUGAGUGUGUGUAAGAGUGUGUGUGUGAGUGUGGAGUUUAGACAAUGAAACAGACAGUGUGUGUGCAGAUUUGAGAGUUUUCAGGAGAUCAGAGUGGGGGUCAGAUGUUAGAGAGGGUCUCUGCGAUGAUCCUGGACUCCCUCUGAUCAGACCGUCUCUCCGUUUGACGCUUCACUUCGACAAAUUUAAAACAAGAAAAGACUCAAACUGAGACCAGAUCUUGAGAUUCAAACGUGUUCGGAGGAGAAGUGUGUGAUCAGAGGGGGAACAAGUGUGUGUGUGUGUGUGUGUGUGUGUGUGUGUGUGUGUGUGUGAUGGUUAACCUGUGGUUUAGAGUCACAGCCCCCCCCUCCUCAUUGACAGAGCUCAGCUGGUCUGGUGGCCUCCUUGUUGUUGACCGGCGUGGUGCUCCUCCUGCACUCACACACUCACUCACACAGACACACACACACACACACACACAGACACACACACACACACACAGACACACAGACACACAGAGAGGAGCCGGCUCUCAGCAGCGGCUCCUGCAGCCCCGUUCUCAGGGCAUCCUUGGCCCUUUCAUGUCCGUUCAGAUGGCACAGGAGGGGCCGCUGUCUCUCCGAGGCGUGGGAUCCAGCUUUGGCUGAAAAUGGCUUUUAAUAAUAAAUUUGAAAGCGGUCCAAGAAUCGGGGCUGUAAUUACUGCGCGCAUGUAUCAUGUUCUCCUGCCUUAUUGUCUGGCGUGAGGAUGAAAAGCGAGUCCAGGGUUCAGCUUCAAAGCUGCACGAGUGUUUGUGUGUGAGCGAGUUAUUUUCUGAUCAGCGCAGAGACAAAAUCAAAGUGGCGGGAAAUCACUCUGGUUUUCUGCAGAGAGGAGCUUUUUCUGGUCGUGGUGAGAUAAUCGGAGAGUUUGUGAAGUUUGGAGUGUUAUUGUGGAGCUGCAGCCUUUUUCUGCAUUGCUAAUGCCCUAGAAGUAUUAAUUCACUUUGAUAUGCUAAUUAGAGAGCAUUAUGCAAGAAAUGAGAUUAAGUGGCAGCAUGAAGUCAUUUGCCUGUCACUAAAUUGAGUGUUUUUAGCAGGAGGGUUUUUUUCCUGACGUGUGCUGCUCUUUGUCCUUCGGUGUUCGGAUGUUUUUCCUGUAAGAUAAAAAAAAAUCUGGAUUAAAAAAAAUGUUUGAUUCCUGGUGUUUCAGGACAAAGGAUGCAUUCAUGAUGCACCUUCUCCUCCUGAAGACAAUGAAUGCAUUGAGGUAAAAAAGGGCCUGCGAUCUGUGGAUGAGUUUCGCAGCUCCUCCUGUGUGCUGCUGGGUUUGUUUUCUCCUGCUGCCCGCUCCUCUCCUCCGUCCUGCUCUCAUGCUUGGCUUGGAAGGAGGAGAGGCUCCCAGCAGCAGCAGCAGCGGGAGCGGCAAGAAUAACAAAGGUGAAAGAUUACCUCCAUAUGGUAUUUCUGACCAGGAAAAGAGAGGUUCUGUAGCAGGACUCCUCUUUGAUGUGAGGUUUAAUCAAUAGAAAGAGAUUACAGAAAACUAUUACAGGCUAAAUCACGGAGUGCCACAGAGAGGCUUAGCCCCUCUCCACAGCUCUCUCAGCUGCACGGCGCUUCUUUUGGCUGCGUAUUGACUUGUUGUUUUGCUGACCUUUGACUCGUCAGGUUCAGAAACAGGGGGUCUGGAGAGGUGGGCGAGGGAGGGGGGGAAGGAAAGAGAGAGAGAGAGGGAGAGAGGGGGAGAGCUGAUAAAUGCUCCGACCCAGAGCAGUGGAGAGAGCAGUGGAUUAGAGAGGGAGUCGGUGUCGCUGCGUUUGUUUCACAUGUUUCUGCAGAGCGCCAACAUGCUUUCAUGGCUUUGUCCUGGAUAGAUGUGAGGUAGAGGAAGGUAAAGACCACGUUAAUUAAAUCGGGUUCAGGAUGAGCCUGUAAUUAACCACAUGCAAGGCUGCCUAAAAGCAUUACCUGCAGUAAAUAGAGUUAGGACUGAGGAGGUAAGCAUUUCUGAAAUCUACAGGGAACAUUCGUUUCAAUAUUUCCUGACAAACUUAAUGACCCUUCCAAUUCCAAUUGGCUUAUAAUUAUUAAUACAAACUCAUUAUGAUGAUUAUUAUUGGGAGUAUCUCUAAAACAGGAGCGAACAGAAAUAUACUCCUCUUUAUUCUCGUACCUUAGAGGAGUUUUUUUUUCUCCUCCGCUCUAAAAUCUCCAGUAAACGCCUGACAGAGAACAGAAAGCCAUUCAGCAGGAGAGACAAUUGACUUUGGCUGCUUUUUGUCUCGCAGAGCCCCAGUGAUGCGGCUGCAGAGACUAGAUAGUGUUGUGGCGAAUAGCUCGCGCACAGCUGGGUUCCUGACUGGCUCAAUGGCAGGGCCACUAGUGCUUCCUCCUCUAAAGCACAAGGGGGACCGGGGAAGAUGUGGCUAUUAUCUAAGUAGCUCCCAAAUACCCUCCAUUUCCCCAUCAGCAAGGAUGAAAAGAAGGAGAGCCAGACAGACGACAGAGAGGGAGAGAGAGAGAGAGAGAGAGAGAGGUGGAAAAACAAGAGUGUACAUAUCAGUUUCAUUUGGAGAGGAAAAUGCUUUUGUGCAGAUAGAUUCCUCCUCAGCUCGGUGGUAUCUGCACGCUCGGCUCCUCAAAUCUGUUUUUGUUUUUUUUGUGUUGAUGGUGAUUCAGUGCUGUCCCUCCAUCUGCACACACCAGCCCCCCCAUCUUGCAAACGUCUCCCUCGCUCCCCCCGCCUCCAUCGCUCCGAGCGUUUUCUGCGGGCUCCUGCGCGAUCAACAGCUCAUAAUUGUUUUUUGCACAUACGUUAUGCAAAUGAGUCUUUAUGGCAACUGGCAUAACAAUUAGCAUCCUCCAACAAUAUUUUAGUAGGUUAAUUGCGAAAUUUCUGAAUUGUACAUCUGAGUUGUUAAUUAGGCAUGACAGAGGUGGUGAAAUAGUUAUCUUCAGGCGCUGGCAGCCAGCAGACAGAGGCUGCAAAAAGGAAGGAUUGAUUGAAAUGAGUUUACAGCAGCAGCAGGAGGAGGAGGAGGAGGAGGAGCGAGGCGGUCGGUCUGUCGGAGGAUCUUUGAACGCCACUUUAGUUUUUGGAGGUUCGUGAGAAUCUCCACCUGAAGCUCCUUGAGUCUCUGACCCUCCGCUCAAACACAAACACUCCAGAAAACACGUCAACACAGACGCCGAACCGUUCCAUUUGUUUUCAUGUCGGCGCGAGUUUGCGAGAAUUAUCCUGCGGCUGCACUCCUGUCAAAACAGCCCGUGACCUUUGACCUCUCAGACUUACUUACACCCAUUUUUACUGUUUUUGAAUAAAGUUUCACGUCUUUAAAGAAAGUUCAUGCUGAUAAUUCACACGCAAAUAUUUACCAAUCAUCAGAUAAUUUUCUGCAUUUUUAAAAAUUUGUGUAAAUGGAGAAAAUUUGACAAAAACAAAUAAAUAUUUAAAUGUAAUUAUAAUUAAAAUAAAAUAAGAGUUUUAACAGAUUUAAUUCAACGAUUCUCCCUCUCACGUUAAGAAUUUUAAAAUCAAUCAGUUUUUAAAAAUAAAUGAAUUUAUUUACUUUAAAUCAAAGUUGCAGAAAAUCAGAUUUUUUUGCAUUUAAACUAAAAUAUAAAAAUAUUGAUGUAGGUCUUAGGAGAGAAAAAAAAACACUGGUAGAUUUUCGUUGGUCGUCGUUUCUGCGGGCGUCCUCAGCUGAGCGUAUGGCGGCGGUUAUUAGUGUAAAAAGGGUUGAAGUGAAAGAGCGGUGCAAACGCACUGACUCCUCUCUCUGUAAUGACUCUGCUAUUUAUAGGUCCCUAUUUCAUUAGCUCUAGUGUUUCAGGGAAGAGUUUUCCUCCUGGGACAAUAGACACCAGCAUGUUCAUUUACUCUGUACACAUUACACGUGGACAACUAAAUGACCCGUCGUUGGUGCGAGGAGAAAAAAACAACAAUCCGGCUGCUGUCAGUUUUUCUGCUGCUCCACUAACCUCUGCCUCUGUGUUUAAUCUUCAUGAUAAAUAAAAAAUAAAACUCUGUUUUUGGAGGAGUUACUCCUACAGGUGACAGGAGGAGGAAUUAAAGGCAGGAGUCGGUGAAUGUAGAGGUUUUUAAAAUUGAUUUGUAAGGUUUUGACACGGUGGCAGUUUGCAGCUUGUUACUCCAGGAAAACCUCUUUCUUUCUUUUUCUUUCUUUCUUUUUUCUCCUCAUUUACAGUCUUGGGAAAGAAGCCUCUCUCUCUCUCUCUCUCUCUCUUUCUCUCUCUCCAUUGUUCCCUCUGCCAUUGUUCCACAUGUUUCAUACAUUAGAAUGAUGUAUCGAAGGCAGAAAUGGGAAAAAGACUGCAAUGCAAUGAAAUUUUAAUCAGCGUCUUCUGCUGCUUUAAUAAGGCAAAUAAUUCUUAUUGGCUGCUGCUGUGUUAAGAUUUCUAAUAUUUAAUUCAUAACAAACCUCGCAUUAUUCUGCUUUAGCCCUGAGACAAGCUGCUCUCUGCCUGCCAGGAGGAAACUAUAGGGACAGAGAGGAGAUAGAAGUGCAGACGGAGCGUUUUUCUCUCACGCUGUGGCAGAAAACCGUCCGAUUGUUUCUCAGAGUUCAGAUCGACGUUAAAAACUGGAAAAUACCAAACUCCUCCACCUCCCUUUUUAAGAUUUGUGAGCGCUCACCAAACUAUGACCGUCCGCCAUAAACUAUCUUUUUGUUUUCUUAAGUCCUUCAAGUUGAUUUUUGCGCCUGAAGUCAUGGAAAGAUGGCGAGGGGCCAGCGGCGAGGUGCUGGCUCAUGUUACAGUGAAACGCCGGGCCCUGUUUUCGUCUCCCGGUGAAACGGCUUAAUUGGUGUCAGAGCCCCGGGGAGAAAGGCCUCUUGCUCUGAAACGCAGCCACACAGGCCCCUGUCUUCCCUCAAAACCAGGAGGAGCGGCCGGCGUCUGCUGCUCAAUGAGCACUAAGCCGUGGACUAACAAUACCAAAUGAUGUUUGGGAUGACAGAAAUUAAUAUGCGCUUGCUCCCAGAAAGCGAUGAUUAAUGACGGUGAGCGGGGGAAUGCUGUCCCUCCUUUUCUGCUCCUCUUUGAUGGGGAUUGAAAAGCACUAAAAAAAAAAAAGCGGCUGAUUUCUCCUCUCUUUGGAGGGUGGAGGUCAUCCAGAGUACAUUACUGCUAUUCUUCUUCUCUUUCUGGAGCAGGAGGCGGGUUUUUGGCGAAUUCUGAAACGAUCACAGACACAAACCUGCGCUCUACCUGAACUUUAACUCUCAUCACGUAUAUUUCCCUCUUCUUCUGGAUAUUUGAUCAGCGAUGGAGUUUUCUCCGCUGAUUCGCAGCCAAACGUGCGAACAAAAUGGUGGUGUGCUGUUGCCAUGAUAAUGAUCUGUAUCUGUUGUGUCCUAGGAGGAGACGCAUGAAUAUUUAAUUGUGUCUGCUGCUGCUGGAGAGAGAUCCCCAGACCCUUCUGUUCAUUUCUUACUUUCUCUAAUGCCUCUCCUCCCUCCCAGGUACUUCCUCCCUAAGUAAUGGAGAAUUAAAGCCCCGCAUUAAAAUCAGAGAAACUGCGAUGUAAGGGAUUUUCUGAGGACGUUUGUCUACUCUCGGAAAUUCAAAUGGCAAGUUUUGACAACGGACAUUCUGCUGACGUGGCAUAUUCGCUUCUCAAAUAAGCGUUUCCUCCGUCAGAGUGAUUGAUACGUAUUAAGCGUGUUUUUUUUUCUCUUUCUGGAGGAGGAAGAGGAGAUGAGGAUGACGAUGACGCGGGUGCGAGGAUAUGAGUUUUAAACAGAGAGCCGGUUCCCCCUCAUAUUGAUCUAUUUGUGUUGGCGGAGUGGCAGGUGUUAUACGGAGAGUGUGUCAGCUUUGAUUGUUUGUGUCAGUGAUCCGAGCCGACACUGAGCUCUCUUACUGUUCGUCACUGUUGCUCCGGCUGCUGCUGCUGCUGCUGCUGCCUCUUGAUGAAUGGCAGCAGGCUGAACAGAUCCUCAGAAAAACUCACGUCUAUGCUGUCUCACCAGGAGCAGCAUCUCUGUGAAUCAGCACUGGUCCUCAGAGGUUCAGGACACGCCUCCUUUUAUUUUAGUGCAAACAUGCAGAAGCUUUAAGAGGAGGAGGAGGAGGAGGAGGAGGAGGCGGUGGGCUCUUCUUCUUCUUCUUCUUCUUCACCUGCGUGUGUUUGUCUGUUUGUGAAGGUGAGCCUCUGUAAGUAUGCAGAGCACGGCGGGCCUCUCGCGGGUGCUGAAGGAGAGCGUGGAGUGGCAGAGUUAAUUUAUUUAAUGACUGAGCGUCUUAUAUCUCCCCAGCCCUGAUUAGAAUCCAUGCUUGAUGAGGGGAGCGAUAGCGGGGGUGCGCUCUGGCCCCAGGCCCUCACACGUUCACGUUCACGUUCACCCUCCUCCGCUUUGAAAAAAAAAAAAUCAUUUAUAGAAACGUAGAAAAAUGGAAAACUAGAGCGUUUUCAUUUUUGAUGUUUGUAGGAUCAGUCUGAGAGGAGCUGUGUGUGUUUGUGUGUGUGUGUGUGUGUGUGUGUGUGUGUGUGUGUGCGGCGUGGCCCCGUGAUAAAGACGAAGUGCGGUGGAGCUCUAUGAACGUGGGAAAGCCAAACAGAGUGUGUCACUUUGGCAGCACGGCCCUGUCAGCAUUGGGGAGCUGCAGUUGUAAAAACCAUGACCUUCCUCUUUGCCAGCAUGUCUCUCGCAGAGCCAGAGCGCUGCCCCGUAGAUCUGGGCCGUCUGUGGGAGGGAAUACAAACAGAGGGAGAGAAAGAAAGAGAGAGAGAGAGAGAGAGAGAGAGAGUGGAAAAAAACAGAGAGAGCCAUAAUUGUAAAGAAGAAGAAGAAGAAGAGGAGGAGGAGGAGGAGGAGGGGUCGGUUGAAGUAAUGAAAUACUUCUUGGAGCUAUCAUGACGGAGAAGGUGAGGGAGGGAAAGUGAAGAGGGAGAAAAUACUCCUCGUCUUCCAACAUUUCCAUGAGCCAUCAUCAGUAAUGCCGCCGCCGCCUCACAAACCAGAAAUUAUUUCUUCAGGCGUCGCUGUCAAGUGUUAUUCAAAUAACAGCAGCCUCACAUUUGAAUAACAGCCGACAUUUUGAAUUAAUUAAUCAGACAAGAUAGUCUGGGCCUUUUCUCAUUAGUCUACAGGUCAGGCUGGGGAAGAUAUAUGCGCUGGUGAUGAUAUACUUGUCUUUAAUAGUGAUUUAUGGAGAUUUGGGAUUGUACUCGAUUUGUCAAAGGGCCCGGCUGCAGAAAAAUAGGACGCUGCAUAUUUCAUUACCUAAUCUCUGAUACCUUCACCGAGAUACAGUCCUGCUGUUUAGAUGCACAGGAAGCUCUUUUACGUCCACCCGUCACCAGUGAGGCACGCACACACACACACACACGCACACACACACACACACGUGCACACACAUUUAAUCUCCUCUCAUAGACCUCUCCCAUUUUACUUUUCCUAUGCAAUUAAGCGAGGGCUGUAAAUUAUAACUGUGUCGUACUUUAAUUAUCAUGGUGUAAAAAUAGAGUUCCUGUCUUUGAGAGGAUUUCAUUAACUUACUCAAUAUUCCAUGUCAGCGCCGAGAAUCACAAGAUUGCUCUGACGCUUGUGUUGAACAUGCUCUCUCUGUGUGUGUGUGUGUGUGUGUGUGUGUGUGUGUGUUAUCUCAUUAGACUUUGGAGGAAAUUUAAUUUAAAGGUUUUUUUUCUCCUGCAAAUAUAAAAAUGUGUUUUUGUGAAUAUUUUUGGAUUUUACCAGAACUUCAUUUAUGCACCCUUUUUAAAGGAGUGUGUGUGUGUGUGUGUGCAUGGAGGUGUAAAUGAAAGUGUGUAUUUUUUAAAGCGUAACGAGCCUCCUGUUAAAUCUUCCUGAUAAAGACACUCGGCCUGUUUCUGCUUUUCACCUGCACAGGUUUUAAUUCUUCUCUGCAGCUUGAUUUGCACAAGCCUAUAUCAAUGCAUGCAUGUGUAUGUGUGUGUUAAAAAAUGUGCAUGUGUGCGUGCGUGUGCACAAGUGUCAGGAAGCUACGAGCUGUUGCCAUUCCGGUGAGCAGCCCACACAAAAUGCACCAACACCAGUGUGACAAAACAUUCAAAUAAAUUGCUGUCAGGCUGCCGAAACACCAAGUGCAGCGAUUUUUAUCUGACAUGUGGAAGACCCAGACAUGCAGUCCUGACAAGUAGCGCCCGAGCACCUGUGAGAGACGGGCGAUAAAAAUCAGGAUGUGCCUGAUCCCCGGCAUAACAAUACCUAUCAUUACUUGAUAUUAUUACUCUUCUUCUUCUUCUUCUUCUUUAAGGGAGAGCUCAAGAUGGAGAGAUAGAGCGAGAGCAGGUUCUGUUUAAGUGCCUGUAAUAAAUGAUCGGAGGUGGUUGUUUGCAUAGAUGCACUUAAAAUUUACAGUGAAAUUGAAUUAUGCAGUCUGAUGGCAUAUCAACAAGUACCGAUCCGCCUUUUAUGGUCGCGCACGUUCCUUCAUUACGGCCGUGUUUUUGGAGUAAACAGAGUCCAAGGUUAGAGCGUUUAUUUAUUCUGCUGUUCACAGGUGUGUUUUAGUCGGAGGACAUCAGGACAUUUAUGUGCACCAAAUAUAUUUAUUUUUUUAAAUAUAUUUUCCUGUACUGUUGGUUAAAAUCUGCUCUCUGGAACAGAAUUAAUUCACAGCGUCUGCUGACACUGAUAGACUUUGUUUCUUAACAGCGUGCAGGAACAAAUAAAUACUGGGAGAGCCGGCGCAGCUCCACUUGUUUUCAUUGAGUCUCCAAAAUUGACUCUGUAAUUCUUAAAUCCAAUUGAGGAGCGUAAAAAAAAAAAAAAAAGAAAAAAGAAAAAAAUGCUUUUGAGAAAGUCGGAGACAAAGGAGUGCCAUCCAUUCUCUGCUGUAUUGUUAUUUUCUCCCUUAUAGGUUACUAAUGAGGAAUCGGCCCUCAUUAUGAUUUUAAGGAUGAGAGAGGAAAGCUUUUAAUUAAUGAUAUGUAAAUGGUUCUGAAUUGAUUAUGUUAGAAUAUCAAGAGAGAUGGGUAGAAGCUGUGGUGUAAUAUAUUUUAAUUAAGAAUUAAUUAAAAAUGAUGGCAAUUUUAUAGCAGCUCACAGAAAAUAGAAGAAUUUAUUCUCUGUCACAAGUAAAUCAGGCCUUGAUUAAAUAAACAGACACAUGCUGCUGUUUUCAUCCUCCAUGUAUAUUUAUUUAGACUGAGAGAGUAUUAAAAAAAUAACACAAACACACCAGUGUGGUUUGUCAGCGGUCCACCACAAGCUGGGAGCUCUGGGGUUAAUGGUGAUUUAUCUCAUUCCUAAUUCAUGAGAUCCUCCUGCUCUGUGUUAGGUGGAUCAAUAAUAACGCCGGGUUUCCUUUUUGAAUUCAGCCUCUACAAUUAGAUUUGUAACGUGGAACACAAUUACGACACAGACAUGAAUGCCUGUUUUUAUCACUUGUGGCACGCCAACGUGGAUCCCCAAAAGAUAUCAAUCUGUUUAUGAGCUAAAAAGAUUUGUACUGUGAAAAAGAUGAGUUGUGACGAGACGUGCACCCUCGUUAACCUUUUUAAUUGCUAUCUGCUUUCUUUCAUUCAUUCUUCUUCAGGGCGGAGGGAGGGAGGGAGGGAGGGGGGAGACACAGGGAGACGUUAGCUGCAUUAGCGCCGCGCGCCGCUAUUAAAGGGAGAGAGGUCUUUGUUUUCUGCUAACGGUGGCAUGCAUGCUCUGUGCUAAACUCCGCGAUCAAUGGCAGAGAGGCUGCUAUCACAGCGCUCGGAGCAGGCGUAGCUCAGGGGGGGAGGGGAAGGGGAGGGGUGUGGGGAGGGGGGGGGGUCCCUGGUGGUUCAUUUUGAUUGGAGCGCAGAGUUUUGUGUUGAAAGGCGAGGGAGAGACAGGCUGUUGGAAGCAAAUCCCCCCGGAUCAGUUAAAGCUUUGCAACAAAAACACCUUGAUAUUCCUGGGAACAUUUGCUUAGGAAAAAAGACUGAAUUUAAAUAAACGGGCGACAAGAGAACGCAAUGAUCUAAAGCAUUUCUGAAGGUCUGUGUGUUCAGAGAAAGCUCGUGGAUCUCAGCUUAGAAUUAAUUUAGGAACCACAUUUCAAAUCAGAGUAAACGGCGGCAGCAGCAGCAGCAGCGCAGAGAGGAAAAUCAUUGUUAUUGUAUUCUGUCAAUGUGCCGCUCCACCUUCUUUAAGAGGCUUUUUUCACCUCCAGGAGGAUAGAUAUACAUAUGUGUGUGUAUGAGUGUGUGUGAGUGUGUGUGUCAGGGUUGGUGGUUGCACUAUGUCCUGACUAACAGACAGACACAGAGAGAGAGUCAGUGUAUUUGUGUAUUUGUGUAUUUGUGUGUGUGUGCAACUCUUUAGCCUUUAUGAGCGACCCAAUCUGUUCUGGGCGGCAGGGAGGAUGUGCUGCUCGAGAUGGAGGGAGUGUUGAAUGGAUUAUUAGUCCGAGUAUCCCCCCCCCCCCCCACUGUAGCAGGUCGCAUGUAAAGGCUUAGAGGCAUCAUGGACGCUCACACGUGCACACACAUGUCAGACAUCUGCAGGCGCACACCCCCACGUGCACACAUACAUGAUGUGAAAACAUGCAGGGGCGCAGACGUGUGCAUGCAUGCAUAUACACAGUGCAUGCACGCCGACGGCUGGCGGAGCAUCUUCUUCCUGACACCUGCAACUAGUUGCAAUACAUCACUGUCAGGAUCGCUUUCUCCACCUAUCCGCGUUUGUGCGUUACUUAUCCGCCGAGGCCUUCGUCAAAAAGUUGAGCGGUCCUGACAUCAGCUCCCCGGUGGGAACAGAAAAGGUGAAGCGGUGCUGGGAGGCGCCACGACGCGGGUGUCUUAGCAGGCUGUGGUCUCUGCACCCAACAGCAUCUUAAUGACACCUGAAGAGGAAGAUGAUGGUUCCACACCGCGUCACGCCACGACUUAUUCCAGAAGAAUCUGAGCGCUGGUUUUCUUACUGGCGUGUUUAUGGAAUUCAGGCCUGCAGCCGCGGUGACCUGAAGCCAGGUUGAGCUGGUGUUGUUGACUCUGAGUGUGUCAGCGGCGGAGGAAGUGAGGGCACAGCGCCUCCCGUGUGAGCUCGCAGUGGAGACGAGGAGAGUCCGCCGGUGGCACUGCUAGCCGUGAGCGCCAACAGCUCCGGCCACGACAGAAGAGAGGAGGUGGGGAGUAAGAGGAGAGUAGAGAGGAGAGGGGGGAGGCGGCGGUGGUGGUGGUGGGGGGGUUGGGUCAGUGUCUGAACUGGCUGAUGGGAGCCAGAACAUGAAACAAUGCCGGGGGAACGUCUGGUGGGUUCGCUGCACAGAAUUACAAGCGAGGGAGCAGGCCUGCUGAGGCAAUUACAGCUUAAUGGGGUCAUUUGGAAGGCAAUUGCCAGGGGUUAAUGUAGUAUGGAGAGAUGAGGUGAGAUUGAAGUGAAAUUUUUGGCUAGAAAAUGUGUUCGAAUGAAAAGGGGAGCAGGCAGACAAGUUGUGUGCUGAUGGGGUGGGAGGUUGAUUGGGGGGAAGUGGAAUGCAGCUUUGCACCGCCACACAGAGGGACGCGGUGAGGCCCGAGCGCCGCAUCCCUGCAGGAAGGUGCGUGUCUGCACAGGUGACACUUCUAGCCUGUGCUAACUCGCCCGGCCCGACAAGAGCGGCUCUGUUCUGUUCGGUGUCAGUUUGUUUUCGGUAAAAUCGGAGCCGAAAGGAUCCAGAGAAAGAUGUGUCAGAGAAACUGCGAGAGACACCUCGGAGGACGAGGAUAAAAAGGAUCAUUAUGUGUUGUUACGUUAGCCAGUUCAUUACCUUAAUUGCCACACAUAAUCCGCUGUUGGAAGGGGCACUGGAGCUUUGGGAAGGAGUCUUUGCCAGGACCUCCUCGCCCAGGUCUCAUCCGCCCCCCCUGAUCCCCUGACUUGCAGCAAGCGGAGCGAUGGUGCUAAACUUUGAUCAAAGCCAAACUUAUUUAAGGUCAGCCAUGUGAGAUCCCCUGGGAGCCGCCGUGUUCGCCGAAGCGGACUGCAGUAUAGGAAGUAGUACAGCGGCACUUCUUGCCUUGCUGCUGCUGCCUGCGCCCGCGCUGGAUCACUGGACAGCAAUAGCAUUAUCAUCAGGCCUUUCAAGUCUUCAGCAUUUUUGCGCGAUUACGCUCCACAGAGGAACUUAACAUCAUCCAUGGGUGGAGAUUCCUUCAGAGUUCGCUCUCCCUCCCUCUCUCCUCUCUGUCUUUUUUUCUCCCCCCUCUCUCCUUCCAUUUCUGUCAUCUCUGUGAAGUCGAAGCCCACUCCCCCCUCUUCCCCUCUACACAGGGUUUUGGCCAAGAGCCGGCCACUUCACUGAGGCAGAUUUUCCCAGGCUCCCCAAAGGCUAUUUUACCAGGAUUCCCAUUAGGUCUUUACCCAUUACCAAUGUUCCAAAUCAUUUACAGAAGAAUCUAUUUACUUUAUGUGGUAAUGGAUUCAUUUGACAUGGAUCGCUCUCCAAAAAAAAAACCAAGCAGCAGCAGUUAGCAUGCACAUUCCCCCGUUUGAACCUGGUACAGUAUUUUCUGUUUGGUUUAUUUUUAUCUCCUACAGCUGCAGCCGUGCCUUCAGACCGCGCUCACGCUCCGCUCGCCGUCACAGCUCGGUACUGUACGCUGUAGAGGUGGCGGAGCAUUGUGUCAGUGCUGCGGGAAAAAAACAAGUAUGAUGCAACUGUGUUGUCAUUUAAGAGUGACAAAUAGACAGUGGCAGACCAUCAGAAACGGGGGAGAGCGUGGAAUGGUGUCGCUGACAAACUGCUAUGACCUUUGGGUGCUUUGGCCUCCAGAGUGCACGCCACAUACAGCGUUUACCUCAGGUCAGCGGCGGCGUGGACAUGCCGGUCCCUCUUAUUGAGGAGAGUCCAGCCUCGUCACGUUUGGAUCGAUAAUCAGUCGGAUUGGAAAAUGCUAAAGACAGAAAUGUAGAGCUUGAGCGUCGUCUUCUUCUUCUUCUUACGUGUUGAAAUACUAUUGGCUGGCGAUGCUAAAUCAACGUUAAUUCACAAACAAUCCAUAAAGCAAAGUCUCCACAGCAGCAGCAGCAGCCAAAGAGAGGCAGUGUGCCCAGAGCUAUAAAGUGCACUCCUCCUGCCUCUAUUCCAUGUCACCAAAGCAUCCCAUCAAAGCCUGCCUCCUUCCUGUUGUAAGGUAGGGGGAAGAAAAUCAAUGGCGCAAUCUUUUCUUUUUGCCUCCUCCAAUCCGUAAUUGAAAUGGAAAAUCAAAUGAACGGCAAGCAGAUAAUUGUUUUAUCAAUAUUCCCUGCCUGCCCUACAAGGGUCAGUGCAGAAUGAUCAUGAGUCGGGGAUAUGACGAGGACAAAAUGUGAAAUUGAACAGCUAGGAGGCAAUAAAUCAGCCUUGACAACUAAGAGUGACCAGCAUGUAGCUGCAGCAGGCAGCUCUCCCUUCAGAAUUUGUCCUGAAGCUGUCCACAAUAAAUGGGGAAUAUUCAUCUCAUUAUUGUUGCACUUAAUAUUGCUAUCAAAUAUUAUUCUUAGAGUCCAGACGGGAAGUCAAGGUCACUCCGGCUAUUAUUGUUGUCAUUGUUAGUGUGUGAUAUUGAGGGUAUAAUAGAGGGCAAAGCCAGAUGGUGUGCCGAGCUUAUGAAGAGGAAAAGAAUAAAUGCAGUCGUUUGUUAUUUGAGGAGGGAAGUGGUCUGCGUUUGGUUUCCAUGUGUUUGGUUUCCAUGUGGCACCUUUAGGCUCAAACCGCUAACCGCUAAUGACACAAACACAGAAUCUGCUGGGAGCGACAAAACCGACAAAACCGACACCAAAACCCACAGCAGGGAUACGACUUUAACACGCGGUCUGACAUGUUCGAGGGAUGAUGACGGAAAUGUCAGGUACUGAUGAUGAAAAUGUAAAAUAUCAAUAUGGGAAACAAAUAAUCAAACUGUAACAUCCUGUGGAUCCUCAGGCCACUUCCUGUUUAUUCCUUUAACUGUUUUAACUCAAUUCAAUAAUUUACAAUCUCAGGACAACAGAUUAAAAUUAGCAUCUAUGCUCACGCCGCCAUAUUUACAUUGAUGCUUUUUCUGACAUGUUAAUUAAUGUGCAUUGUCCUAAUAAAAUAAAUAAAACAACCUAUGAGAAGUAUUUCAAAAUAAAGGCAUGUUUUACUAUACAUAAAAUAAAGUAACCAAACAGCGCUAAAAUAUAAAAAUAAAAGCACCCCUGAACAUGAAUGUGCUCUUAAUUUUUCUUUAACUAUUUCCAUUCAGUUCAAUAACCAACAAACUCCAGGAAGUAGCAUAUGGAUUAUUUCAAAAUAAAAGCAUGUUUUACUAUUCCUAAAACAAAAGUAACCAAACAGCAAUAAAAUAUCAAAAUAAAAGCGUCCCUGAAACUGUCAUAAGAGCUUGUGCCUGUUCCAUUCAGUUCAGUAACCUUCAAAUUCCAGGAAGUAGCAUUAUUUCAAAAUAAAAGCAUCUGAACAUUCUUUUAACUAUUUCCAUUUGGUUCCAUAACCUGCAAACUCUGUGAAGUAGCAUAUGCAUAAUUUCAAAAUAAAGGAUAUUUUAGAUUUACAGUAAAUACAUCCAAUUGAACGCAAAACAGUGAAACUAUCAAAAUAAAAGCAUCCCUAAAAAUCGAUUUUCAGAGGCACUAUCUGAGGAAGGUGACAGGUUAAAAAAACUCAACUUAGAAUAUAUAAUUAGACAAGACUGAUGACACAGAAGUGAGUCAGUUAGGUAAUAAAAUUUAUGAAGUCCAGUAUCACUCUGUCCUUUUCUUGCCUUUCCUAAUUUGACGAAUUGUUUUAUUUUUUUGCAAGUUUCCCGUAAAUAUUAAACUAAAAACAUUAUUGUCGUGUGGGUAAUAAUUAGGGGAAUAUACUGUUAAAUAAAGCAGGUGUAAGACAGUUACCCUGUUAUUUCAUAAGAACUUCCUGUCGUAGCUUCACAGAGACAAACACCCGUUUGUCUUCGCUCCUCCUCCCUCAUUAGAUCCUUAAAUAAACGCCGUCGAGCCACUUUUCCAACUCUCGUAAAAUCUACAGAUGAAACUGUAGCCAGAAAAAAACAAAAAUCGACAUCCUCAAUCCUGUGACGUCCCUUCCCAUCUGGCUCAUCCAGUUGCGAAGGCAUUGACAAAAAUAUGAAAUUGAUUUGGUUGAAUGGUGUUAAAGAGCCGACAGGAGAAUGUCACAAACAAUGAAUGGUCACAGCUUGGAGGAAAAUCAAUGGCAGAGGUUGAAGCCAGUCUGGAGUGCUACUUGGCAGCGUUACACUCUUCCUGGAAAAGAGCUGUCUUCUUCUGGCCGUGGUUGUCUGAUCAAAAGGAGGACUUGAUGGGUUUAAUGAAGGGGGCUGCGAUAAAACUGACAAGAGAAAUAUAGACAUUGUGGGAAAGAUUGUUUGACUUCAGCGUAGGUGGCAGCUAUAAGCACUGUCUGAAAUUCAUUUUUUGAUUCGCUUCAGUGGGAUGACUUUCUCCAUGCAUUGUUCAUGCAUGUGUGCAGGAUUUCAAACAUUGGAGCCUCUCAGCUGACCCACAAAAGCCUACAUGUGUUUAAAGCCAGAGUGAACCGUUUUGGUUUUUGAUGUAAAAGUCAGAUUGCUCUGUAAAAAAAGAUGACAGACAUGUUUGUAUUUUACACAAUUCUCGUUAAUUUUAGAGCGCGGAUCGUGAUCCUUGGAAGGAGGAAAAAAUAAAUUGGCAGAGUGUCUUUCAAGUGGACAAAGUGAAGAAAAUCCCCCCUACUUUGUUGGGAUUGCAGUUGUAAGCUUUGCACCAUAUGCUACUUUCCUCUUUAGCUGGGAUUAUGCCAUCAUUAUUGCUGAUAAAAGCUGUUUACUGCCUUGGCUCCAAAUCGAUGCUCGGGGCGCUCUGAAACUGGCAUUCCCUCUCCAGAAGAGUUCAUUCCAUGCCAGCUGCUCAGGAUUCAACCCCCUUUGUUUAAGAUUUCACACUUUUUGUAAUGUUUAUUUUCUAUUUAGAUUUACCCCCCUUUUCUGGCACAUGAGGCUCUCCCUUCCAUUAACAUAUGUUUACAACAAUUUGACAUUUACAUUUGAUGAGCUUAAAGCAGAUUGGAGGUGUCUCCGACGUGGUUAUACAACAACGCGGUUGGAGUCGCAGAGCUGGUUAACACAGCGGAGAGUGGAAAAUACAAAUGAUAGAGGCGGCUUACCGCAGAUGUUUUCAGUAUCAAAAUGCAACUGUGGCGCUGAAAAGGCGAGCAACAUCCAGCGCCGCCUUCUCACAGUGUUACCAAUCAAUGCUAUAAUCAGUCAAUGCAGAUUCAGCCCGACAGCUGUGUUAAGAUAACAACUGGUUCUCAUGACUGUAGCGGUCCCGGUGACCUUGUGCGCCUCAAAUUAAUAAUGUAAAAUCAACACAAGACAACCACCCCCCUGGUUCCCAUGCAGACAAUGAUGAACUACCUUUUCGCCUUGGCAUCAAAGGCCACUCAGACGAAGUCAUGUUUCACGGCGUACACCGUAAUGUCACGUUUCCCCCGUAGCCUCCCCACCCCCAUCCCCGCCACCUCCUCCUGCUUCCUCUUUUUUUUUUUUUUCAACUUAGCCUCCAUGUCCCUUAAAUAAUGUCUCUCACUCUUCCUCUACAGCUCCCCCAGUACCCAGGGAAAUCACACUGAUCAAUAUUUCCCAUUUUAGAGGAACUGCAGCAAACAUUCACACAGGAUUUACUGUAGCUCUCUGUAAGGCUUUAAUCAAGCUAUAAUUUAGCUCCGACAAACAAAAGGUGCAGACGGAAAUCAACGAAAUCUAGACAUCUCAUUUGACUCAUCUAUCUAUCUAUCUAUCUAUCUAUCUAUCUAUCUAUCUAUCUAUCUAUCUUCACUUGCUUAUUUUCAGAAACUGUGUGUUGGUGUUCAUGCACCAGCACAUGUGCUUGCAUGCAUUCAUAAUGUCUUCACAGGGCAUAAAUCAGAACAUGCUAUCUCAGUACUUCUUUAUAUUGGUCAAGGGCCAUUGAGCAAAACAGCUUAAUGCGCCCUUAACCAUUUCAGUCGUGGCAGGAAGUGAAAAGACUGCUGACUCGCUGACACCGGGGCUGAUACAGAGUCUGCAGACGGUUAUUUUACUAAAAAACAAACAUGAUGUCGGAGGAAGUGGCUGAAAACGUCUGAUAGAGGGAAUGAAAAUAAGAGAAUUCAGUUUUUUUAAGUUACUGGUUGUUUGGUUUGUUUUCUAAGCUUGAAGUAAAUAUGCUGUUAAAAAAAAAGCAACAUGCGUCUGAAGCUUGUUAGCUGUUUUUAGCAUGUUAGCCGCGCCAGUUGCCAAACUGUGUUAUUGUUAGUAAGCUAACAAUUUUAGUGACCGAGUAACUUAAUAAGCUAGCUGUGUUAGCACGCCAUGUGUUUUUUUUUGGACAGUUUGUUGAGUGAGACGGUUAUUUUAGCAAACAUGCUGUUUUAGCUAACAAACAAACAAGCCGGGUAUUGAUACCAAGCUAGCUGUGUUAGCACGCCAUGUGUUUUAUUAGACAGUUUGGGUAACACUUUACAACAAUCAUCAUUUAUAAAUGGUAAAUUGAUAGUUUAUUAAUGUAAGUUAAUAGUUUCUUUACCGUUAACAAGCAAUGAAAUUAUGAUGAAUAAUUUUCAUUCAUUAUUAAUAGACUAUUUAUUGAAGGUUUAUAUUGGGUUUAAAUAUCGGUUGUAAAACAUGUAGAUUAAAAUGUGUCAGUAACACUUUGUAAAUGUUUAAUAUCUGGUUAAUAAACCAUUUAUAAAAAUUAGUUAUUGUAAAGUUAGGGUUAGGUUUUUAAAAUUGUAAAAUUUACAAUUUAUUAAUGGUCUAUAUGCUGUUUAUAAAUGAUGGUUAAACAUGAAGAAACUAUCUGCUUACAUUUAUAAGUUAUGGUUAUUGUAAAGUGUUAGUUAAGUGUGAAACGGAUAUUUUAGCAAACAUGAGUUUUUUUUGGCGAUUUUUGUCUUUAUUGACAGGACAGGGUGAAGUGUGGGGAGAUAACGAGAGAAAGGGGGGGACAUGCUGCACAUGCUCGGGGCUGGACUCAACCCACGAUCGCUGCGGGGUCCGUGGUCACCAAACAUGGGGGGCGCUAAUCCGCUCAGUCAUCUGUGCGCCCCGCAGAUGUGCUGUUUUCACUAACAAACAAACCGCGCGUUGUUACCAAGCUAGAUGUUUUACUUCUCAAUAAAUCAUGAUAGCUGUGUGAUCAACUGAAGGUAUUGAUAGUUAUUUUAUUGAUUCAGCUGCUGUGAUUAAAUCGACUUUAAACUUCUUUAGUGUAGCUUUAAACUGUGAUGAUGUCAGAGACAGCCCCACCUUCAUUAACCAAUCAUCAUACGAGUCCUGAUCAGAUUAAAAUGCUGAAACUGUCUUGGGUCCUCACUGAUAACUAAAGUUCUGAUCCGGUCUGGCAGCGCCCGGGUUUGGCGGUCUGAUUUUCCCGUCAUACCUCUGGGGUAUUGUGUUUCAGCUUCUCGUUCAUGCGUGACUGUCGACACACGAACCCGAGCUUAAACCCUAUCAGGGGAGCGCGUCCCAAAGGUUUUGGACUGUGUGAAUCUGAGGCUGAUCCAUAAUGAACAGACACUGAUUUAUAUUCACUGUACAGAGACGAAGAUGACCUGCUGCUGCUGCUGCGUGUUUUUGUCGGUGUCAGGUGUGAAUCCCGAUCAAAGACCCUCCUAUUUGCCUAACCUGUGAUUUGCCGUGAACUCGAUGACAACUGCAUGACCCGGGCGCACACUGCCGUCGACUGUUCUCCAUGGCAGGUGGUGACGGAGCAUGUGUGGUCCCCAUCACAGGUGUGUGCAAUUAGCCUGACAGCUAGUCCUGGAUAGCUGUGAAAUAAGACCCUCAACUGUUUAUGUGACUCUGAGAGGGUGUCGAGGUGCUAGCUUUGGUUUCCAGCGAGUCUAAACUGUUGUACCUGGAACAGAUCUUUUAAUGAAGGCGGUGGCGGCGGCGUUGUUGUAUGAUGAAAUACAGUAGAGAGCGAGCGUGGGUUGUUGCAGUCAGCUCGGAGAAUCUGUGUGUCAUUUAUUCAGCCUUCUGUAAUGGGGAAUGGACUUGGAAGAGGAGAGAGGGUAAUGUAUUGGAAAAUAUCCCUUUCAGCACCUCAGCAUUACUUGUCAUAGGUCAGGCUUAAAACGUAGCUUGAUACAGUUAUUAACUCUAAUCCGGGCAUAAACACAAAUCCUCAAGCACCAGCCCAAUUAAUAAUUUGCAUAAUUAACAUGCAUUUUAAAUAGAGGCUGCUCUUGUCGUUGCCAAAGCGGGGAUGGGGGUAAUUAGGGCUAACGGAGCAGCGCCUAGGGCCCUCGCCCGCAGACGUGCCGCAGUCGUUUCCAGCCAAAGGGAUUGACAACUGCAAGACAAGCUCUCCCGGCUUAGAGCGAAACCCCCUUUGACAGAAUUAAUAGUUGACAAACUGCUCCUAAAGCCCCGGCAUUGUUUCUGUCAGUUGUUUGGUUUGAUGUCACUGUUAGACAUUAUAAAUCAAUAGUGUCAGGAUUUAGUAAUGUUUAUCGCCAUCCAUGCUUUAUUAUUUCAUGUGACUGUCAUGGACAAAUAGUAUUUAUCAGAGCUGUCUAUAAAUUACUGCAGACAGACUGUUGUUGGUUUACCCAAACCCUCUCUGCUCUUACAGCGUCUCCCUCCAUAUUUACAGUUAUUUGUUUUCUCAGCCGUAGGCCCCGCAUUAACCCUCUGCUUUCCCGCUCUCCUCCGAGACUUAGCGUGGCUCCAUCGCCGCGCCUUCGUCGACACAUUAACACAUCAAAAACAGCUGAUCAAAGUGCGUUCAGAAACAGCUUGUCGCAUCUGUUUUGAGAGGAGAUUUGAUUCCAGUUUGUUUACCGAAGGUCUUAAAGUCCGAUCGACAAAACGGACACGCAGAGGCUUUUAUAUAUUUUUGCCGUUUGAACUCUCUCGGUAACAUAAUGAGUUUUUAUCAGAGGUUAGUCACUAAAUAAAUCACAGAUUUAUGAUCCUUUUAUUCAGCCGGCCGGCUCUCACUCCAACAGAAUGGUCUUAACCUUUGCAUCGGUGCCACACUCAUCAAAAACAAUUAGAAUCAUCCGUUUUAAUGAGAUGAUUGAUGACUCGGCUUUCACAACAGAGAGAGCGCCGUGAUGGAUGCUAUCAGGUAACAUUACUUACAUUAACACAUGGAUUUGUCUUGUUUACAUUGUCCAUCAUAAUGAAUAGGGAACAAUGAGCCGCUGGUGAGAAAUGCGCACAGCUUCAGUCAGGUGUCGUGAUGAUCUCCCGCUCAGUUUCUUCUAUUUUAACAUUAAUAACUGUUGCAGAGACUCGGGUUAACUUCGUCUAAAGUGUCGUCUACAUAUUUCCAAAAGCUGAGAAAGGAUCCGAACAGAGAAAAGAGAGGGUAAGCCUGGCUGAGGCGGUGAUAUUGAUCAGCUGUGCCAUGGAUUAUAAGGUCCACUUUCAGCAGGGAGGUCAUUAGUUACUCCUGUGUGCUAAUUCAUCCCCGGGUUGAGGCGUAUCCGUUAGAAUGCUAAUUCACUACUAUGAUCUGACAGCUGGGGUAAAGAAAGGGCCAAGCAGUCUGCCGCAGAGAGAGGAGAGGAGAGGAGGAAGAGGAGAGGAGGGGGCUGCAGAGGCCUGCCAGUCUGCUCCUGUGUUUUGGUAAAGACCAGGACUUCUGUACUCGGGAUACAGCACCGAAAAAAAGAAGAAGAAGAGGGGUGCAGAUCUGACCCCUGCUGUCUCUGCCCCCCAGCUCUAAUGAUGUAAAAGAAAGAUGACAUUUGGUGUCCACAUUUAACUUGCAUUUUCAGUCCACUUGAGAGGUCCAGUAUGCGUGACCUACCUUGAUUAAGCCCGGGGCUUCCCAGGACCACCGUACCCUUUAGACUGAAACAAAAAGUGGGAGCUCGCAGGAGAAAGCUGAGCCUGUAUAAUUGGGCCAAGUAGAGCUGCGGGAGGCAGCCAGUCUCCGCUUUGCCUUUUGUAUAUUCAUGACCCCCUCCACUUGAUUGAUGGAAGGAUAGCAUUUGGUGACACUGUCAUUUGCAAGUUGAAAAGGUAGUGCAGUGGCUGGAGCGGCGCUGUGGCUGUGCCUUCGAAGGGGCAUGGAGAGGAGGCUCAUUUCUAUGCUGAUGAUAUCCAGCCCCCUCUCAUUUUCUUUGUCUCCGUCAGAAGGACAUCUGCUGACAACACAGAGUUUAAAAGGAGCCGAGAGGAGAAGGAAACGAGAGGAGGAGAGGGAACAUGUAUAUAUCCCUGUGUUUGCAUGUGAAAAAGCACACGACUGAAGCAUGAUGGGAAUAAUCUACAGUCCGGUUUGUUUUUUCAGAUCUGUGUGAUAUUUCAGGAGCAAAUUAAGACAAACGGUUAUAAACAGGUUUUAGUUUCAGGAUGGGAGGACUCAGAUCAGCUGGUUUGGGAUGUUUGUGUUCAUUUAGAAACCAAAGAGUUGAACCACUUCAAUCAUAUCUGAUUGUUAUUUCUUUACCUGAAUAUGUGACUCUGCUAGUUAUACUAAAUCAAGACUGUUACUCCUCUCAGUGAACAGACAAGCGUUAGUUUAAAGCUCCAGUAAGGAACUUUUGUUCAUGUUGACUUUAGCCGUUAUGAUGUUUUUGUCCUUCACUUCUACACUUUUCUCUUAAACAGUUAAUUGUAUUUAUCAUUCAGAGAUCUAGACUGGAAAAAUGAAGAAGCAGCACAUCAUCGUACUGAACUUGAACCGGUAACUGUUGAAGAUUUGAGAUGUUUUUAUUUUGGAUGGAGAAAAGAUGACGGCGCCAUCAACCUCAUGAGAUUAUUUUAAAAUGACAAUAAUUAGUCUGAUUAAACAGCCGGUAGAUCAGCUGAUGUUUCUGUAACUACAAAAAAUCAACGUACCACAAAGUCAAAGAAGGGAGUAGAGCUGGACAAUAAACUGAAAAUUUACAGAUACUGAAAUUUACCACAAUAACCGACGUCAUUUUGCCCAUAUGAGGAUAUUUGGUGACAAUAAAUAAAUAAAUAAAGUUGUUUUUGGAUGUUUUAAGGUAGGCUAACAAAGAGGUAAAGACAGGUGAGGAGAUGGAGGACGGUUCAGAAGUUGGAGCGGCUGAAGUAAACGAAGUUAAUGUGGGAGGGGGUGAGCAGCUUGUGGAGUAGUUAUCGUCUGUUUAUCGUUAUGGAGGUGAACUGAUCAAUAUAUCCUGAUAUUGAUCUGAGGCCGUAUCGCUCAGCCCUAGAGUAAAGUUUUCUUUAGUUUGUGGUUUUCAAAUAAAACAUGAAGUUUUCUCGUCUCUUUAAACUCUCAGUUUCCUACAUGAUCUAACAAUAGUGUUUCGUCCACUUCACUAAAGUACCUGAAGUUCCCACAUUCAGGGACUAAUGCUGCACUUUGAACGUCUUUAUGUUGGUAAUUUGUUGGAUCAGAAAUAACCCUGUUUGAAGAAGGUCCCUGAGAUCUGAUCAGAACCACAUAAUCUGUCCUCAUUUAGUCCAGAAUGGAAACAACUCUGACAACCCCGUCUGGAAAUAGUAUCUGUGACAUUUGACAUCCAACGGUUAAUGAGACUUUCAACGCCGCACCACACAGCAGAGAUGUCUUAAGCUGUCCAAAUAUUAUCCGAGCUGCACUCGGCCGCUCUGGAUGUGUAAAGAAGGACGGAGAAAUAUCCGUCUCCUGGAGACACUCCUGAGCACUACAACCCACACUUAUCAGAGCCACAAUUUAUAGCCGUGGUGUGAAGUGUUCGCCCGCAACUCCCAUCUUUGUAUUUACACCAAUUAGCACAUAAACUCUAAUUACCGAGAUCAAGGCAGCCGGGAGUCCAUAAAUGCAAAGCGACACGGAGAACCGAGUCAGCUGACAGCGAGGGAAGGUGACAAUAAAUAGGGAAGUAUCAAUUAAGCGCCAAUGACGCGAUGAUGCAUGUGUGUGUGCAGGGAGGUGUCACACGCGGGGAGGUGGGAGUGUGAAAUGCGUGGGGGCAGCGGGGUCCACGGAAAGUUGCACCGGCUGUGGGGUCUUGUAACUCACGAGCUGACAUGCGGCGCGCUGACACGUCGACUGUGCAACACGUUUCAGCAUUAACACCACACAACAAUCAGGCAAUUCUCCUGUGUCUGGGUGAAAAGGAGCAUUUAUCACAGCGCUAAGGUAACAAUUAACACAUGCUAAUUUAAGAGGCACGUCGCUAAAGGCAAAAGGUAUUCAAAGUUGGUCCAAAAUAAGCAGAAAUGAACACGUCGGAGGGGUUGGAGGACAGCUUUGACAGUUUAAACUUUAAUUAUAAGGAGUGGAAACUCGCUCGCUCGCAGCUGGAGAAACCAGAGGCUCCUCCUCAUCAUGACUCAAAAAAGGAUCAGCGAGCCGCCGCCGCCGCACACGAGCUCAGGUUAAUCCCAAUAAAUUGAACUUGAUCAAAGACUAUAGCUGUAAAAAAGUAUGGCUCCUCACAUUAAUCUAACAAACACAUAAAACAGGACGGGCUCAGCUCGAUAAAUUUAACUCUGGCUGCAAUAAUGCUGAUCAGGAGGAAUUCGUUGGCUCAGGCCGCCGCCGCCGCCGCUGCCUCCUCCAGUCUGAAGUCUUGUUAUCCUCUUGUCUUGAUGUGGAAUGGUGUUAUCUGUUCCCCUCUCCUUGUGCAGCAGGGUUGUUUUUUUUUUUUAGCAGGAUGGCCCAGUGAUGGAUUUGCAAAGAGGCUGUUUACAAGAGAGUGUGGAGCAUUAAAGAGCUGCCAGAAGGCCCAUUUACAUAAAUGUUUAAAUCAGACACACAGACUUAUGCGCCCAAAAUGAAGAUGUUUCCUGCAUUAAUCUGCCAACGCCAACAAUUAGUCCCCUCCCCUCCCAAACACCUCUCACUCAGUGACCAGUGUUUAUGGGGGAGCUAACCCAGAGGAGCAGAUAUGUGGUCUCUGCUGAGGCGGCUCCAGGACUCACAGAUCCAUCCUGGGUCCUCAGACCUGGUUUGACCCAGCAGACAGUUUACUUCUUCUUUUUCUCUCUAUCAACACACGGCUCCACCGCUGAUUUACAGCCUUGUAAAAACAUCUCCUCCCUCUGCAUGCAGGCCCCCUGCAGAUUUACAUUGUGGUUGUUAUUAUGACUUUAUGAUACAAGUUUCCCUCCGAAACGUCUGGGAAUCAAACCGGCAGGAGUAAAUAUUUGUCUGUGUGAUCCUGUUCCCAUCAGAAGCAGGAAGAGCUCAAACACAGAAACGGCGGCGAUGGUUUCGCUCUUUGAUGAGAUAAAAGCUCGCUCGGGGACAUAUUCUGUCUUAACCCCAUAUCUAUAUUUCACGCUUAAGUGGACGAUCAAAAGACACUUUAGAAAUACGGCGCAUGUGCAGAGGUUUUACGACGAAUAUCAGACACCAUCGUUUGUUUUUGGUUUCGUUUAGCCGGAUUAUUCUGAUCUUCUCCAUGAUCUUGUUUUUCAAAACUUUCCUCCGUCAACAUUUCUCUCUGUCUGCUUCCUCGUUUCUCGUCGAAGCGCUCCUGGAAGCGACUGAGUGUUUCUGAGAGGAAUAAAGCAUGCGGAUUGAUUCCUCCAUCACCUGGAUAGGCUGUUGAUUUUGGGGAGAGUUAUCGCUGUUUUCCUAAGUGUGGCGUGGAGAUUUGCUGGAGGGCUGAGUGAUCGAUUCAGCCGCCUGGAGCAUCCUAGUGUGUUUAUACAUGGCUUGUAUGGCAGCUUUCAUAAGACAUUUACCCCAUGAUUUGCGAUGAGCUUAUGUGUGAAUAAUUAAUGGCAAUUAAUCCUUAAUUACAGUAAUUAGGCAAGUCACAGGAAAUUAGGCUGCAGCUGGAGAAGCCCGUGCCGAGGAAGGGAGGACUGGGGCUGAGAGAACGUGCCAUUUAGUGACAGCGGCGGUGGCGGCGCCGUGCUACGGUGAUUGUGAGGCAGGCCUGCACCGGUGCGCUCGCUUGCCAGGAGAGAUAAGAGCGCGGGGAAGACACAGAUGCUGCUGACCGGAGAGGGUUUCUGAGCCGGAGCGAUCACGGGCUCCCACAGCCAAUAAAACCCGCCUAUAAAAGCCCCCCCAGCGCGGUGACCUCUGACCUUUAAACCACCCGAAUUUGGUCGUUUCACUAAGAAGUUGUGACUGAUAAGCUAACGGUAAUUGGUUACACAUGGAGCUAGAUUUUCCUCUUAUUGGCCCCCCCACCCUGAGGCGGCGCACUUAAAGAGCCGAUGUGCUUUUAACUCCGACUUUAUGAAUCUGCGGCGGCGGCGGCUCUGAAGAGGAGAAGAAGAAGAAGACGGUCGGAGAAAUAUUUAUUUGCACCUCUAAUAAAACAAUUAGGUCUGCGUGGACUCGGUGAAGGAGAGUACAGCGGGCCGAGUUGUUUGCUGGCUGAGUUCAUUGUUUGGUAAUGGACAGAGAGACGAUCUGUUCUGAGCAGAAGAAUGGGGACGAGGCUCUCUGUGUGUCUGGCUCCCAACUCAUUUGUGCUUUUCCAUGCUUGCCUUGAUGAAUUUCCGCUUCUUUCUGCUCCUGUUGCUUUCAAUUACACUCUUAUUCACAAUCCUAAUUGAUAUGCCAGUCUCAGCAGAUGAACCGUGGACUUUUUACAGUCCAUUUUUCUAUUCUUAGACCGACGUGACAAAACCCUCCAGACGACGCAGAUCACAGAUGUGGAUUUGAAGACUCCUUUGUUGUCCUCGUACCUACGUUCAAACCGGACUGUUUUCACGCCGCGGUGUUCUCGGACACUCGGCGGGCCGCUCCCACAGCCGUCACCGACUUUUCCUUUUUUCCCUCACAGAAGGACUUUUAAGCUAACAGGGAAUGUAAGUGAGUUGAGGAGGCAUCCAACUGUGAUAUUACAUUAACCCAUAGUGCUUGGCCAUGUCUGUCAGUGAGUGCAGAAUAAAGAGAACAUGCUCUGCUCUACUCUUUAGCCUUCACAAGUGCUAUUAGAAAUAAUGAGGAUUUAUAGGAAGAUAAAAGACGCCGCUCUCUCCUUCCUCGCAGCUGAAUUUCUGAACAGGCGGUUAUAUUCCAGUAUGCAAAGCUAAAUAAAACUCACUGCUGGAGUAAUCAGAUUAGUGUUUGCAUUCUAUUAAAUAUUGCAUUGCCUCUUAUUAUUAGACUCAAUAACGAGCCGCUGCAGAUAUGUUCAAGAGCAGAUAUUGCUUUGGCUGUGAUACGCACUCAUGUAAUAAAAGCUUUUAAUCAGAGCUCAGUGAGCAUGUUAUGUUGCUGCGACAUCCAAUCAGCUCUCAGUUUCUGCUCCGUGUCGAACACGAGGGAGGAGGAGUGCGGGGUAACAGUACCUGAGCAGCAGCAGCGGCGGCGGCGGCGGCGAGGAGGCUCACGCGCGCAGAUGCUGCUGCUAACAGUGACAAGGUCAGCAUGUUCUACACAUAGAUUCCUCACUAUAAGUAAUAUAAAUGAGCUUGUGUUAGCCGUAAACUCACAGCGUGUUGCCUGUAAGCUAAAGGGUAACAGCGCUACAGAAACGCGGGUCCGAGGGACCGCAGCAUGAAGGAUGGACACACCUGGAGGAGCAUCUCCUGGGUGGAGAAACUUCUUUCUUCUUCCUCUAGGAAAACUUUGGGAUAUAGAUCUAGAGAUGUGUAGCAGCUGCAGCAGCUGCAGCAGAGUUGUUGGUGUUGUUAGGGGCAUUCUUGUAUCUACACUGGUGUUUACUCACAUUGGCAAUUAAUUAUUAAUGCGGAAGCAGUGAGAGGUUACAGCGAUAUGGCGCUCCGGCUUUCCAAGCACACUGUCUGUAUAUGAAGAGUCGACACAGUGAGAGCUUCAAAGCAGCCCUCUGAAAUGUUUCAGACUCUCAUGGAGAAAGCUUAUUACAGCUGAAAUGUUUUUCUAGGAGCCCCAGAUAUUCUUUGUGAAUGCUGGAAAAUAUGGGGUAUUUUUUUUGUUUGUGUAUAUCAAGAGACGUGUGAACAAAGAGGCAGUCAGCAUUUGCAGCUUACUUGGUGUGAGUGUUGCGGUUCACAAGCGAGAACUUGUUUGUGCAAAAAAAACUGUUUUCGCAAAAAAAAAAGUUGAUUUGAGACGCGGCGAAAACGUAGGAUUCAAUUUAGCAGAGGGAGUCUUUUCCUCCUAAUAGGAGUCAUCACAGAUGACGUGAGCACAGCGCCGGGCUAAUCAAUUUUUCCUUUUAAUUUCAGAGCGUCUGUGUCGGACUACAAACGCAGGCUUUGAGGGUUUUUAAUAAUGAGUCCAGAGAUAAACAUCAACGGGCAAUUUGCUCUUUUUCGGAGGCGUCUUUGUUGCCUGCAGAGCGCUCCUCAUGACACCUCUGUGGAUCCGCUAAUGGAGGAGGACCUGUAAGGCUAUCCCCUGGCCUUUGUCUGACCCCUUUGUGGAGCUGAAUUCUUCAGAUGUUUGCAGGAUCAAGUCACUUAAUCUGUAGCUCAGACUCGGGCCAGAAAAAAGGAGGAGAGGGAGGGAGGGAGGGAGGGAGGCAGACAAGCGCCUCACUCAGUCUGAGGGCAGAGCGUUCACUCGCAGGCUAAAGAACUGCAAAUGUCUGCCUGUUCGGUUAUGCACCAUUGUUUCAUAGCGAGCUGGAAACAGACAGAAAGAGUGCAGCAGGCGGUGCGUUUUAUUACCGUUAGACUUAGACAUUAGUGAAUAUGGCUCAUUAAAUGGCAUGGAGUGUUACCAUUUUACAUAAUUCCUCCUGUAUCCUUGUUGUAAAUGAAAGCCCGCUCCUGUCUCUGACUGCACUCCACUCACUCUGACUGCAGCCGUUACUGCUUUCCCAUCAUGCCCCGGUGCCCCCCCCCCCUGUUGAAAGCAGCUAUCUAUAAUUUCAGGUCGGUGUCACACGCAGAAAGAGUGCUCUACAGGCCUUAAUGGUUCGGCGUGGCUGAUGUGGAAAGGAUAUAGCGCAAAUCUGAAGAAAUAUUUGAGAAUUAGAAAAUGAUGUAUUCAGACGACGAGGGUGGGCUACAAAUAUAAAUUAUGGAUGUGGCAGGGCUCCCAAACAUAAGCUGGAAUUUGCCGCCGCACUUUUUGUUCUCAAUCACCUUGAUGAAACAAUCCUGAAGCGAUGGCUGCAUGAAUGAGACCACUGACAAGCUGAUUUUCCACCCCCGGCAUGAGGCUGCUUUCUCCACUUAAUGUUCUGCGAUAAAGUGUUGCACAGAAGUAAACCAGAAGAGCCUCCACUCCUGACACAUGUGACAGUAUUUGCAUCAAUUAUGCAGUCUGUGGCUGCGGCUGGGAGGGAGGGAGGGGAGGAGAUAGGGGAGAGAAAAGGGUUUGUGACAAGAUGCAGAGGCAGAAAUGAGGACUUCUCUUUAAAAUGCAUUCUUUAGAAAAAAAAAAAAAGGGAAAAAAUAACACUCAAGAUCAUUUACAUGAAAGCGGCUGCAGCAGCAGCAGCAGCAGCAGCAGCGGUGAACCUCCACAAAAGCAGCAGCAGCGGCGGCACAGUCUGCGGAGCGAUUUUGACACUAAAGACUUUGGCAAACAGAGUACAGUAGAAUAGAGUGUUCUUUGUCUCCUCUGAAUUCACUGUUUGCUGAAAAUCUACCCUGAAGAGAACCGGAGGAGACAGCGAAAUGAGGAGAGAGAGACGCGGUCGGAGCUGAGAGGGAGGCUGGAGUCCUUUACUGCUAAACUCCAGCAAAGGAGUCGGACAUAAACAGAGAGAGUAUAGAGCUGCAACAACUAGAUUCACAAAGACAAUUAAUGACCGACAACACUGCUGUCACUAAAGAGCGAACUGAAGGAGAGACAGAGAGAAGAGAAAGACGUCCUUUUUUAAAAUACAGAAAAGUUCAUAAAACAGACUCAAGAAUCAAAAGUGAAGGAAGAACAGAAAGAUACUCCAGACUUUACGGUAAUUUACUGUAAACGCUCUUAAAGCUUUCCUCCUCUGUUGGGAACAUUUUCAAAAAACCAAGUGUAAUAACUGUUUAAGAUAAAUAAUGAAAAGAUGUUUACACGAGGCUGAAGCCAAACACAGAGAGAACAGAGAAAUUUAACUUUUACAACAACAACCCUUAAAAAUGAGAGUGAGGACGGUUUUAAGGAUCUAAAGGUGAAGAGGUCGACCUGUGAUGCAAGGAGAAAAGGUUAUUUACUAAAACUGCUUUUGUAGAGUUCAUAUUUUAAUGAUUGAAAUUAAAUAAAAUGUUGUUAGCAAUGCAGAAAGAAAAGAGCAAUAGUAGAGGAAUAAUUUUACACUCUGCCAAAAGUUUAAAAAAAAAAUAAGAGUGACAUGAAGAAGAGGUUAAUAACAGUAAUGAUUAUGCUAAAGGACCCGAGUACAGAGAGAAAAGACACCCUGGCUCUUUUAGAUCUUACUAUAAGAACACUCGUUUGGAUUUAGUGACAAAAAUGAAAAAACAAACAUGAUUUUAAGGAAUAAUGGGAGUUUCAGAAAGGCAGAAAAAAACAUGUUCUCUACCAUAACUUCUCUGAGUUUCUGAUUUUACAUAUUUCACCUGUAAACAGUUUUUACAUUUAGACUGACAAACUCUCUCUAAGAUCAAAACUAAAGGAAGUUUUUAAAAGGCAGAAACUGCUGAACAAUCAUUCAUUCAUUUCAUUCUUCGCUUCUUUACGAUUUAGUAAAAUGAAAACAAUAAUCUCAAAAGACAAAAAAACUAAAAUGCAGAAAGAGACGAUAACCUGUGUCUUUCUGCUCCGAAUGUUUUUAUGAUUUCAUACUUUGCUCGACUAAAAUGUCAGAAAACAUCGUCUAAAAAUCCAAAAAGGAGGAAGAAAAGAGUUUACACUGACUAUCUGGGGUCGUAUGUGAAGGUUUGGAAAAAGAGGAGUGAGCCAAACAUCCUCAGCAAACAUCAACCAGGCCGUGGUUAUCGUGGUUAUCAUGGUUAUCAUGGUUACCGUGGUUAUCGUGGUUAUCAUGGUUACCGUGGUUAUCGUGUGCACCUGCACAGGCAGAGACAGAUCUCAGUAACUUUUAAAAACCGUGUCCCAGUUUCAACAGACUCCUGCGCAGCAUUUUAUGUCACUGUGUCCAACCCUAUUUCCCAUCCUAGUUAAGUACACUUUACAAAUCUGCUGUGCCAUGGUUUCUAACCUCACACACACACACACACACACACACACACACACACACACACACACACACACACACACACACACACACACACACACACACACACACAGAGUCACAUCACUAGGCCUGUCACUGCCUUUUAUCCAUCGUCAACCUUCAGCUGUGUGCUUUAUCCGGAGUGACACUAUAGCAAAGUGCUUGACUGCUUUUUGCCAACAGACUGCAACACUUUAACUGUACUUAGUCAUGCAUCAUUAUGGCAGAGUCAGAGCGGCGGUGUGUGUCUGGGAACGCCUGCAGAUGGUGGAGGCUGAACCGUUCGGAGGAGAGGAAGCCUCAGUGACAAUGAUGCUUAUUGCAUGAGUAAGUGUGUACGGACACACCGACCGCAGUCAGAGGAAAACAGGAAGAAGAAGAGGCGCUGCUGCGGCGGCUAAUUCAACAGGCUGAUGAUUGUGAGAUAUCUGGUGUAUGAAAUCUACAUGCAGGUCUUUGUUAGGAGGAUUCUUUCAUGUGCGUAUUGAUCAGUCAUUGUUUACUCCAAUCGAUGCCGACUUUGUCAAACCCUCCCUCCUCUCUUCCUCGCUCUCUUCCUCCUCGUAGAGAUUUAACCCUCUUCUUCUUCUUCUUCUUUGCAUCACAUCUCGCCGCUUUGUUCUCCUCUUCAAACCUUCCUCCAGCUCAAAAUGUGAUAGCAUUACUGUCACUUGUCACUUUCUCUUUAUUUCAACACAUGACAAAGCUUUUACAUUCGGUAUUCUGCUCCACGCACGGGUGUCUCCAACAGAUCUCUCCCCGGCUAUUGAAAGAUAAAUGUUAACUUCAUUCAUCGGAAACCUCAUUCAAGGUUCAUUCAGAGCCGACUUCUUUCUUCUUUAAGGGAAAUGAAGAAACCAUUAGCGAAAUAUUCACUCACACGGAGAAAGAGAAUCUUAUCUUUAUUCCGCAUGACCAUGCAGAGCCAUAUUCCUUUUGACAUCAUUAUGUAAAACCAAUUUCUCUUUCAUAUCAUUUCCGCUGUGCUGCAUUACCACAUCUAUACACUCACUGUUCUUUAUUACAAAGUAGGUGGCCUGGAGGAAAAUAUAUGCAUUCAUUCCCUAUGGCAUAAAAUAUGCAUAUAGGUGCCUCAUUUCAUCUCCAAUCUGUGUUAUUCCUUUAAAAAUUCAGCGCUGCCAGCAGUCCCUCUCUUUAAUAUUUAAUCUGACAACUUUUUAAUCUGUCUUUAUGUGAUGAUGAAGUAAUCGUCAGCUGUCAGCCCCCUGAUUGAAUCAUACAAAGGGACUGAAGUGACUGCUAGGUUGUAGGCUUUUUCGCUAUUUGUUUUGCCUGAGCCGUCCGUGAGGCUGCAGGGUAAGAAUAUAUUCUUUCACACACUAAUUUAUCUUCCAUCUUUAUUCAUCUUUCCUCCCAGGCCCCCCACACAAAGCACAACCAUGUAUAACACUCAUACAUCAUUCAUACUUUGUUUACCCGCUUUUAUUUUGAAGGGGAUCAAAAUACCAGAGCGCUGUUGGUGUACGGUUUCAAAGAAAGGGAAUCUCAUUCUGCAUCUCCGCCACUUUUAAAGCCGCUCGCUCAUUAGCAUGUGAUGAUAGUUAUUAUUCCCCGUUCGCUCCUGAUUUCUUAAAGCACAAGAAUAUUUAUCAGGCGGAUAAACAAUCAGCAGGAACCUCUUCAGAUUCUGCGAGUCUGGACCGAGCUUCAGAUGAGUGAUCCGCUCUGUGCUAUCUCCGCUACAGCAGAACCUCUGCUGGCCUCUCUGACAAUCUGGCCAUGUUGGGCCCCCACUGUGGAGCAGCAUGGCACUGGGAGUUGUGGUAGCCAGUCCCCCCAUAGCCCCAGGCUGCCUCUACCUUUGGUUUGCUACUCAAGGUUAAAGGAUCCCAGUUGGGUGUUUAACAGUCUGAACGGCUUUCCGCCUCCUUUUCCUGACACUAUCUGAGCGGACCUGGAGAUCGGCUCCUCUUCAGGGCCUGUUUUACAUCCACGCUGCAGCUCCUAGGUCACUCCUCCUGGCUGUAAGAUUUCUAUAGCAGACCUUUAAAUCCCCACACCGCUCUAAUGCUCUUAUAAAGUAGCAGGGGUAAGUGAUUUGAACCGUUUUACGGGGAGGAUCUGCUGUUUGCCGAACACGUGCAGCUUUUGCUGACAUUCAUUUUGAAGGCGCUCGCGACUCGGGGUAACAAUGCAGGAGGAAAAGUGCCUGCUGAGCUCUACAGUGAAUAUACCUCUGACCCAGCCUGAGGAGAGGGAGAUUUAUGAAAUCCACAUGUUUAAUACAUUUCAUUUUGUCCAAGGGAUUUGUAUUGCUUACCACAGUAUUUUAGGGCCUGAAACAUUCGCUGGAGUCACAGCUCAUAUUGUCUGAGGAGAAUAAACCCUGUCCGCCGUCUUCUGCCUGCCUGCUAGAGAUUUGUUUUAUAGCACCUCCCCUCCGCCUCGCACACGUCUCUCCACUAUUGCAUUUUGUUGUGCUGAGGUGUUAGGUAUACACACCCUUAAUCUUUCAUGCAUAAUCCCCCGAAAAUCCGGUACGUAAAUGAAAAAGAUAACCCUCAUAUCAGCGCGGUGACAGAACGGGAGAUAGCUGGGUAAUUUAAUAAAGGAUUGACGCUGGCCCUGCUCUGAUAUUGUGUGUGACCUCUGUGUAUUCAUUGUGAGGCGAGGAGCAGGUGAGAGGAAGAGGAACGCCGCCUCCUUUUUUUCUAAAAGUGCAACAUCUGCGGCGACAAACACGACGCACCAUAUGGAUUAAAGCGCAAGGAGGGGAGUCACUGAAAUAUUUGCUUUCCCAAAGUGUUGACACAGCGGGAGGAAAAAAAAAAAAAAAAGAGGAAGAAGCACGGCUGCACCUUCCCGCCGCUCUAAUCAGGUAGCAGUUAUCGCGCUCGAGUGUUUGCCUACAUAAUGGCGUUUCCAUUCGGUGUCAUCCGCUUCCUGUUUGCAGGCCGGGGCCGGACAGAUCCCAGUUUUUCACAGCGUUAGAAAAAAAAACGGAGGUCUUUAAACACACAGAGUCAUAAAUAGUCUGCUGGAGAGCCCUUGUUUUACAUCCAAAAGCACCUGAGUGUAUUAUUGACAGAUAUAGCUUGUGACGAGUGAUAGUCAGAAUGUAUGAGCGCCCAUUAUGCCGCCUGUCAGGCAGCGGUGCCAGACUGAAAAUAAGCAGUUCACCUCUGUUUUCAUUCAGCCGAGUGCAGCAGCAGCAGCAGCAGCUUCUCUCUGUAUUUAUUGACUUGUUUUACUAGCCUGAAACAGGGCGCUUUUAUACGGAGGUCUGCUCCGUCUUAAGACUCUCCAGACAUUUACAUUAUUCCUGACUGAGUUACACACACGUAUAAAGCAGCAGCACGUCUGCAGGCCGGCUUAGAUAUAUGCUCUUUGUCUCGCUCCGUCUUCUGACUGCACCGUUUUAGACCUUUUCUUCGAUAUUAAAGAUAAUUAUUUAACUUUGUAUGAAAACCAGAACUCACUCUUCUGUGUUUAAAAAAAACAUCUUUCCUGAUUCAGAUUUCACGAGGCUCUAAAAAAAUCAUCUUUCGCUGACUAAUCUGCACGACUGCAGCCGAAGAUAAUGAAUGCAACUCCCGAGUCAGAGCCGACCACGACGCUCUAAACCCCCCACCACCACCGCCGCCACCGCCACCGCCACCCGGCCUAAACCUCCAGCAGUAUUUAGAUGAUAUUUCAUUUUAGAAUAAACCUCUUUUCUCUCCCACUGUGAAGAUAUUGAACUCUUUCACACAGAUGUCAUCUUAACCAAAGCUUAUUAAAAAGAUGGACAUCAAAGUUGUGGGCGCCCAUUUAUCUUAGAGCGCUCUAAUUGGCCACCACAGGCAAGAGAACAACUAAGUCCAAAACAGGAGGCGUGGAGCGCUCGGGCUAAAGAAGAGGAUGUCUAAAGACCUCUCCGUGGAUUCGUUGCCAAUAAAUCCCCUGGAAUGAAAGCGGGGCUUUUCUGGGAGGGGAUGGAGUUUCACAAAUACAUUAUGAAACCUGAUACGCUGAAUUAAGCCAACACUUAUGGCCACGGGGUUCGCUUCCUUUGUUCGCCGCUACAUUGUCCCGCGCAUGACCUGAAACUCGAAUGUUUGCCUGACAUCCACCGUGAGGCGAUCCGCUGUGAAAAGGUCACACGGCGCAGCAGCCAUGAGUGAACUGAGAUUUCAUUUCGCUAACUCCACACAGCACGCCGCUUUGUUUUGUGGGGAGAGGCCGUUCGCCGCGAUGAAUGGAGCUGAUUCUUCAGCCAGAGUCGCCGCCACUCCAUCAAACGCCACGCACAGGCCCGAGGUGAAUAAUGCAUUAUGUUUUCCACUCAAGUGGGCAAUAAAAACACAAAAACAAAGUCAUUAAUUGCCCACAUACAGUAACCAAAUGCCAUCAAGAGCCCGUGCUCUCAUUAACCUGGCACCUAAUUAUCUGCCUCCAGUCUGAGUCCUGACAAGCCCCUCCGUCUGAACCCUCAGCUCGGUCGCGUUCUGUUGUGUCAGCACUCGCCGACCGCAGCCAAGGCGCCAUUAGGUACGGAGGAGACAAAAGCUUCUCGCUGCAAAGGUUCCCUCUGCACGCGCCGCCACAAUGUUCCUCCUGUUAAUGCCUUCCCUUCCAAUUAAAUCUGCGACUGUUAAUUAUUGUAAUUAUGAGAGCGAGCUCCCAGCUCUAACCCCUCCCUCGCCGCUGUGUGGAGACGCUACGGGAGCUGUUGUGGAGCCUCAGCGGCGCCUCGUCUCUGCUCCACUGAAGCCUUAGCGGGGGAUAGGAAGGCGGCCGGGGAUUUGGUGCACAUGACGGGGGUGACGUGAAGGAGAGAGCGCGGUUCAUCUUGGAUAACUGGGCGAGCGAGUCACAGCCAAUGGCGACGCCUCUGGUCCGACUCAUUAAAUGGUGUGUAAAGAACAUGCUGGGAAUAAUUAGCCUGAAAAACCUUUUUUUGGAGAAUCAUCUGAAGGUGAAAACAGAGACGAGGUUUAGGAGAUGAUGUUGGUGUUGCUCAGAGCGCUGCGGCGGUGUUUCUUCACUGCGGUCUCAGGGUCAUGUGACUUUCUUUGAGAGACACUCGCGAUGGAUCUGAAGUGAUGUGUUGAGUAUAAGGAGAGCUGAAAAAGAGUGGAUGGCAGGCCGGCUGCCUGUUAAGUCUCUGCGUGUCUCAACAUCCUCUUUGGCCUGCUUCUGUCACAAGCUGUUGUUUGGCCUGGACCUGAUCUGCCCAGCCACUCCUUAUUGCGCUGCACUCUGCAGACCUAACACUAACCUGCAACAUCAGGCGCAGCACGCCCGCACAGGCAGCACUCUCCUUCAGGUGCGUGCAAACCUCCGACACUCUGGAGGUGGAUGUGUUGGUUUUUUUUUGUGUGUGAGCUUUAUCAGUCCUCACCCAGAGAUGUUUUGGAGAAUCAGCACGUCAAGCGCAGACUUAUUCCGCUCUCGUAACCUCACUUGCCUCAUAGCAGAGUCCUUACACGCUAGCACGGCUAGCAAAGAAUCCCGGCUCUCCGGUUUGGAGCUGAAUUCUCUUCUCUAAAAGACACUGAAGGAAAGAGCAGCUCCUUCUGCUCCAGGCAAUGCAGCCUUUUCGUGGAUACACUGCAAAAUCUAAAUGAUGGACUGUCAACUCUCUUGCAGAAAUGCCACUGCAAAGAAUAAUCUCUCUGGCAGUGGAUCAUGGUUGGCUGUAUGCUACCAAUGCCGUUUCUUUGUUUAUGCGAGCGUGUAGCCUUCACACACACGCACACAUGCAGACACGAGCGUAUGCACACACACACACAUACACAGGCACAGAGGAGCAUGCAAAUCCAGAGCGCACACACAAAGUGCUUCAAGCCCAAAUCCUUUCUUUGGGAGCAUAUAGCAGUGAAAUAUAUGGGAUUAAUAACCUGAAUAGCAUUAUUUUUUCACCUCUAGCCUUUAAAAUAAUGCAUGCUUGGCUCGGUAUAUCUGGAUGAAGUUUUUUCGCCCGUGUGUUUGCAUGGUUAUCGGUGUGUACAAGACCUGCUGUGUGACCUGGUUUCAUGCAAUCUCCAUCUUCUAAUUAGGAGGCUGCAGAAAGGCUGGAACGAGAGGAGGAGUGAUUAGUUGCCUUUGGGUAUUUCAUAAGUGGCUUUCAGUGCCACAUUUGCAUUAUUUGCUUGGGGUCUGAAUAACAAAUCAGCCUACCUUUGCAGCAAAUUGAGGCUAGCAGCUAGACCAUCAAUACAUGAAAUAUAAAAUGAAAGUGAAGAAAAGGAAUAAGCUAAACACGCUAACACAAUACAGAGGGAUGAAAUGAAAUAUAGGAACACAAACCACAAUAACCGUCUGAGCCGGUCUGAGCGCAGAGUCGACCUACAGCGCAGACGCUUCAAUAUUUAAAGACUCUCAUUUUCAUUUACGGUCGUGUUUCACUCGUGACAUCAGACUCGCCAAAACACGACUCUCUCAGCGACCAGCGGAGCGUCUGAACCGUGUGAGUCUGAACGCCGCAGCCCCGUGCUGUAUGAGUCCUGUAGGGUCAGUCAGUGUGCUGAUCUGUAGCGGAGGUCCUGUCCACUCAUUUGGCCGGUCUCCCCCGACCGCUGCGUGCGGCCGCCACCGCCAGGCCUGGUCAGCCAUCACUGCACCACUUGGCCGUUUGCCCACACUGAGUCUUAGAGGGCAGGAGACAAAGCGGGCUCUGACUAGUCCACAUACAAACACACACACACACACACAUGAUCACAGCGAGUGACAGUGGCCCUUGUUUACCCGGUCCCCCCGCCCCCCCCCCUCCAGUCUGUCAUGUUGUGUGUCACUUCCCACAAAUGUCAGCGCCACCAUGGGACAGUGAUUAAUUUUGGUGUGCUUGGCAAAAUGUCUUCAAGAUGUUUGUUUGGGUUGUCUUUUCCCACCCCCUCCGCACACCCCCGCUCCCCCGCAUGUCUUGGAGUCGUGGGUCGAGAGUGGCAUGCCCUCCUCCCCCUUCCUCCUCCCCUGCAAUCACGCCCCUCACCCCCGCUGUCACAGCCUCCCUCCUUUGAGGACGAGGAGAGUGGGGGCUCAUCAUCAUCAUCAUCAUCAUCGUCACAGAGGGACAAAGGCUACCUGAACUGACAGAGAUCUUCUUUUCUGACCACAGACACUUUUUGUCAACACCGCCCCCCCCCACUCCCACUCCCACCACCUCCAUGUGCUGUCUGUUUAGUGCGUGCUGGUGGUGUAUGAUGGGAGAAGUCUUGACCCAGCACUGAGGGGCUGUAACACUUCACUGUCAGCGCGGCUGAUUAGCUUAUCACUCACCGCACUGGGAGGAAAUACAUCAUCGUUUCAGACAGGGAUUCCCCGGUUUAGGGUCCGUUCUCUGUCUGCUUCAACUCUGCAUUUAUCAGCAGACUCUCUGCCCCCCCCCACUUCAGUAUUUUACACUUAAAACUAAAGCGACAAUCUGAGCUGAGCAUUUCUGAACUUAGGAGUGAUAAACACUGAAGAUUCAUGGUGAUGAGAAAUGAUCUGCAUGAGCAAAGAGUCUGCAGACACUGCAGGCAGUCACAUCAGAGUGGGUUCUGUCACAGACUGUUAAAAUAUUUUUGAUAUUGAUUAAACAUAUAUUUUUAAAAUCUUUUUAAAAAUGCACAUAAAACAUAAAACAGUUUCUGUUUAGUUUUUGGUCAACGUCUGUGAUGAAGAUGAAGUUUAAUUUUUCUGCUCCAAGUGUUGCAGAAAUCAACAUUUUAGUCCAUUUCAUGAAUUUGAAAUCAAAUAUGUUUCAGACUAAUACAAUAGACACAUUGAAUUAUAAUGUACACAGAAUAUUAUAAUAGUUGUAAACAUAAAAAUGUGAUAUUUGCAGUAAAUAUCAGCCGUCAUGAUGAGUGAUUAUCGGCAUCGUGGUUAAAGCAAAGACACGGGUCAACCACUUACAUCGACACAACUACAUUAUGUGUAAAUGUGACAGACUGAAGUGGUGUUUAUAUGUCUGUUAAAGCCGAUACAGAGGUGUCUUUCACCUGCUUUACCUCUAUUGGCCAGCAGGGGGCAAAGCUAGUGGUUCGAAUAUGAAAAUUAGACGGGGAUAAAAACCCGAAGUUUUCAGUUACAGUUAUUAAAGUCUUUGUCAUUAGUUCAAACUUUUCUUUAAAGCAACAUGAUUGUCCAGUAUCGUCCCAUUAGGUGGGAAAUACCUGUGACUGUCAAGCGUUACCAUAGCAACACGUCAAAGCAAAUCUGCCCUGUAGUCCAAAUCUGAAACCUUCUGGUUUAUGCUAAUGUACAGAAAAAAGAUCUUCACAACCACAAAGACUUUGUCCCCUUUGUUUACACAUGCUGAGUAAAUACUAACACACACACACACACACACACACACACACACACACGCACAGACACACCGAUACUGAAGUCCGACACUAAAAAAAGGAAAACUACUCGAGCCAUCUUCCCAAACUCCUCUCCUCCUCUUCUUCUUCAUCCCACUCAACAAAGAAAGUGAAACACAAAGUGGCAAACGUGCUUUGGCUUCCCCACAGUGUGGUAUCAGGUAUGGUAAUUACUCUGCCAUUAACAUUGGGAAUAGUUAAUGUGUAUUAAUGUGUUAAUGGCAUGUUAAUUACUGUACAUGCAAGAGAGCGCCCGCAGGCGUUCUCUCAGAUUCUUUGUGCCAUGUGGAUGUAGGCCAAGCUUAAAAAAGCCUUUAAGAACGUCGAUGAAAGAGGAUCCUUAUGUUUCAUUUGUCAGAACAAAAGAUUUUCAAUGGUAAUUUGAUCCCGCUUCCCCCGCGCUUCUGCAGCUGAAAGUCACUGAUCCAGGCGCCACGACAAAGGAGAUGAUAUGAAGUCAAAGGAGACGUGGAUGAUGGCGGCUGUAGUGACACUGGCCUCUUUGUGAAAUGGAUACUCUAAGCUCUCUGUAGUCUCCAGUGUGUUGCUCUGGCAGCGGGUUUUAAUAACACGGUGGAUUAGAGGCCUUGGAUCCUGAGUACCAAGCUGGAGUUAAAGCUCACCUUGGACGAGCCUCAGUAACAGGCGAGAUGCCACGGUCCUCCUCCUCCUCCUCCUCCUCCUCCUUCUCCUCUUUGCACACAUCGUCUACUCCGCGGCUUUAAGAGAGAUGACCUUUGCAAAUAUUGACAGAAAAUAAAUUCUGUUUCGAUUGGUUAGCUUUGGGAGACCUUUGCGGAUCAAUGCAAUUAGAUGAACAGAGUGUCGAUACGCGGCUGUACGGCGCUGUUCACUGGAGGUAGGAGAGGAGCUGCCGGAGGUCAGGGUUACUCCUAAUGAACAGGAUGUUUGGGAAACUGUUGUGGAAGUAACGGAGUUACAGUGUGUAUCAUCAAAAACGGUCCAAACACAGAGGCUGGAACUUUAGUUCUGUCUGAAACCUUUACCAGAACUGACCGAUAAAACCAGUAUCAGGAGGAACACAUAUUUAUAUGAGUUUGAUUUUAGCCAAUAUCAGUUUUAAUAAAAGCAGGUAGUGGUACCUGUAUUGGUAUCAGCUGAUAUUGGUGCUGUAUUAGUGAUCGAUAAUUUUGGUACUGAUAUCAGGGUUGGUUGGUAUCAGUGAAGACGGAUGGUGAUAACUUAGAAAACUGAUAUUAGUCCAUGUAUGAGUAUUAGCAGAUAUCAGAGGUUGUAUUAGUAUCAGCAGAUAUCGGUAUUGGCAGAUAUCGGUGUUGGCAUAAGCAUGGCUGGUUGGUGGAUUUGUGAUCUUCCUGAACCAAUGUUAAGAAAUAUAAAUAUAUUGAGAAAAUAUUGUCAUUGGUAUCAGUUUUGGCACAUGUCAGUGUUGGUAUCAGUAUGAGCAAUUAUUACAAUAAUUACUGGUGUUGACAGAUAGAGGAACUAGUAUCAACAGUGGCGGAUAAUAAGACUUGUUUAACUAUUGGCUUAUUCUGGUACUGCAUCAGUGUGGGCAGAUAUUGAUCAUUACAAUCAAUUGUAUCAAUACUUGUGGCAGGUAUUGGCAAAGGUAUUAGUACUGAGAGGUAUCAGUUUGGAUACUGAGCUGUAUUGUACUAGUUUGGAUAGAUACCAGUAGCUUAAAUCGGUGAUAAAAUAUAUAUCAGUUCUAGUAUCAGUAUUGGCAGAUAUCACAACUGGUUUAGUGGUCAUGAAUAUUGGUAAUCAUAUCAGUAACGGUAGAUAUUGGAACAAGUAUUAGAUUUGGUAGAUAUCAGAAGUGGUAUCAGUAUAAACUGAUGUUAGUAUUGGCUUACAGUGAAACUGAUAUCAGUAGUGAUAGAUAAAAGCAGUGGUAUUAUUGGUGUGGGCAGGUACUGAUGACUAAAAUCAAUGUUUAUGAUCUGAUGUAGAAGAGCUUGUAUCAGUAUUAGCAGAUAUCACAGAGAUAUCACACAGAGUUGAUAUUGGUAAUCGUGUCAGUAAUGGUAAAUAUUGGAACAAGUAUUGGUUUAUAUCAGACCUGGUAUCAGUAUUGGCAGACACUGACACUGAUAUCAGUCGUAACAUAUAUAACAGUGGUAUUAUUGGUGAGGGCAGGUACUGAUGACAAAGAUCAAUGAUUACGUUCUUGUAUCAGUAUUAGCAGAUAUCAGUAUUGAUAACUGUAUCAGUAAUGGUAGAUAUAUAAACAAGUGUUAGUUUAUAUCAGAACUGGUAUCAGUAUUUGCUGAUAUUAGUAUAGGCAGAUACUGACACUGAUAUCAGUGGUGACAGAUAUAAACAGAAGUAUUAUUGGUCUGACUAAAAUCAAUGAUUAUGACCUUAAGUACAAGAGCUUGUAUCAGUAUUGACAGAUAUUUAAACGAUUAUUAUUGGUGCUAACGUCUAAACAAGCUAACGUUAGCUGCUGUGUUUUCUUCACUGCUGGUGGAUAAAAUAAUAAUUUAUUAGUCUAAAAAGAUCAUCCAGUUUAUUUGUAAGAGUCUGGUUUCAGGUCGAGGACUCCUCCAGUGUUCGGUCUGGUUUCUGACGAUGCAGUCAGUGCAGCAGAAUGAGCUGGAGAAGCCCAGAGCCAGCCCUUCCCUCUUCAGCAGGCCACAUUAACCCAGCAGGGCUCUGCCUUUAUGGCUCUCCUGCUCACACUUCAGUGAUGAGAGUAAACAAGCAGCGGGCCAAAGGUCAGCUAAGCCCACAGAAUAAAAGAGGGCACAGGGGGGAAAAGAGGUGGGAGGAAAAAGGAGAGCGGCCCGAGGCGGUGCUCAGAUCACUGUCAGGGCUUCAAGCAGGGAAUGAUGUACGAGACAACAGCCCAGGACCGGAAAUGAUUAUAAACAGAGAACAGGGGAGAGUAUAUGAGAGAAAAGGGGCCGCAUUGUCUUUAUCUGUCAAAUUUGUUACUUCCGCAGAUCUGAUAGGGACGGUGAAACCUGUAAAAAAUGAAAAGAAGAACCAGCCCUGACUGAUAGGGAUGGAUUAAUCACAGCGUCGCCUUUUGUCUCCGUCACACAGGAGAAAUGAGGAACAAUCAUAUAGGCAAGUGCUUUCUCCCCAGCCUCUCCACCUGUGUUGUUGAGUGACAAAUGAGGCUGAUUAAGGACGUGUUACAUUACUACUACACUUUUCCCUUUUUUCUCUCCCUUUACAUCAUUAAACUCUGGUAAUUAAGUGAGCAAGCAUCAUCAGAGCCGUAUGAAAUAACCGGAGCACAUAUAGAUUUUUCAUUCUUAACUUCCCCGUUGCUCGCAGGCUUUACCAAGGUGACACGACUCCCGCACUCUCCCUUUGCUCUGAGAUUAAUCCCACUUUGACUGUGGAGGUGGAUUAGAGCUCAACUCGGGUGCCCAAACUUGUUUUAAUACCCAUAUCAUCAGACAAAAACAGGAUAAGGAUUUGAGCAGGCGAGCAGCAUGGCAGUGCUAGAAUGUGACUGUGGCUUUGCAAGUUACUAUACAGAUUUGUCAACCACACAGCAAAUUAAAGAUACUAUCUCGCCUGAGCCUAUUUUGUGGAAGUUGUGUGAUGAUUCUGAGCUUAGACAGUGAAUCCGCAAUCUCUAGCUGCUCUAACAAAGGUGCAGGAGAACAGACAGCCAGACGGAGAUAUACAGCACCUGUUUUUUUCUUCUUCUUUUUUUUCCCCGGCUGUUUUCUUAUUUUUUUUUUUUAAUUCUUAGUAUUUAUCCGCUGGAGACAGACACGUCAUCCCUCCCAACAUGUGCGUUAUGAAUGGCCAGCUGCAGCCGCUGUGGCACAAAUACACCCUGGUGGACUCCUGCAGGGCCGUCUGCUUCUCGGGGCAGCACAGUAAUCAUUUUUAUCCCGCUGAUUUCCCAAAUAGAAAUAGACACGUAUGAUAAAAAUGUCACGGCCACUCCACAUGUCACCGGACUAACAGGAUUACACGUCACUUUCUAAAGUCUCGCUCUGGUUUUCCUUUGCUGUGAGUAGACACAUUAUUGCACACGGGAACUUUGCGGUAAUAUAUGGUAAGAGACUGGUAGCUGUUUAUGGCCUGUGAUUAUUUAGUUUGAAUGAAACCGGUGAUUUAUGCCCAUUUAGCUGAAAAGCCCUGUAAAUUCCCCCAGCUGCAUUUCCCCUGGAUACAGAGUGAGUGGAGUGAAAGUGACAACUGGGUUUGGUGUGGAAAUGUACGCCGCGUCCCGGAGUUAUAUUUAAUAUACCUGACAUGAAAAACAUGCCUACCUACUUACCACCACCCGCAGCACGAAGCAAAGUGCAGCCUGCUGAGCCUGCGUGGAAUCAGAGAGUGGGAGUAAAUAGUGGAUUAGAGGAAAAAUGAACUGUAGUGGCAGACAAACCGGCAGCUAUUAGAGGGACACAGGGAGAUCUGCAGCCAGCAGUCUGGGCACAGCCAGCGCUCGAAUCAUUUGGUUUCCUGCUGCACAAACUGGACUAGAAAGAGGCGAGCCGGUCCAGAACGAGGGCUUUGGGUGGAGUUAGGCUGCAGAUGCAGUGUGAUGUGGAUCAGGGUUAGUGGAGCAGUGGCAUAUUGUCCACAUGGAUGGGCUUGGCUCUCUCUGCGAGCCUGAUGGAGCCUUGUCCAGCAUCUCAAUGUCUCCAACACAAAUAGCCACAUUCAUCCACUCCUCUCACACCAUUACACCUAAAAGACUCAAAGCCAGCCCAUCCAUAAAUAGAGUCAAAUUUGUUUUUCAGCCGCUCCGCCGCCGAACAAAAACACCAACAGAGAUGAAAACAUCAGAGGGGCGGCUACAAUAUGAUGCGCUCCCUAAUUUGUUUUUAUUCAGGAGUGUUUCUGCCUCUCUGGCGUUUACUCCGGUGGAUGUUUGCAGGGUCAGUCGGUCAAAGCCUGCUAAAAGGGCUCCUCUGAUUGCAUGCCUACUGGCUGACACAAUGGAGCCACUAAUCUUCUUAUUUAGAAUCCAGAGGCUGGCCAUAUCUUAAUGAAGCUGUAAUGAGCUGUUGAAAAUCCCUGAAUUGCGGGAGGGAUUAUUGAAUUGAAACAACUCUGGUAAUCAUAACGUUCGAGUAGCCACUCAGUAUUUACUGCCCAUUGAGCCACAUUUAUAUCCACUUAUUAGAGUGGAUUGCUCCGGCUUGUUUUUGUUGUAAUUCUGACCUGCAGUGUGUGUUUUGGUUUGUGUAUUUCCCGAACGCUCAGUGCAUCAAGGUGUGCAUGUAUGCUAUCUGCAGGGUGAUUAUGACCUGCUGACAGGCUGGCGAGACAGAAAAACAGCAGGGUCUGAGUGCAAAAACUGAUUACAUGAAAGAGCACUUUGCAUGAAAAUGACUCUGAACUCAUUUGCCGUUUUAUUUCUCCGGCACAUUUUUACGACCUCUCAGAACAAAGCAAAAUCAGGAUUGUAAAACCGUACAGCGCUCAGCCCUCGUGAGCCAAUGAGAAAGGAGUCGAGGAGCGGUUGUUAGUUUUGGGAGCUCCCAGCGUUCACUGUGUGUGUGUGUCAAAGACAGAGACACUUACUCCAGGUAUAGUUUUCUGUUUAGCAUCCUCUCUCAGAGUACAAGUGCCACUUCACCAUUGAGCAUUUGUCACUUUAUGGAUGUUGCUGUCAUGUCAGGCUUCCCGUACACACAGUGUGUGUGCAGCGCAGUGUGUAAAUAAAAGAGAACAGGCAUAGACACGGGGCGACAGGAACACAGCACACGCACAGGAGGCAGCAGCUUCAUACCUGCAGGGGAAACAUCACACAGCUCCGCACACGUCAUGUUUCCAAGAGUCGCUGCGGCCCGAUGUCAUCGUUUACGAUUUAGAUGAUUUGGCGAAUGCUGAUCGUCUGUCUCUUAUUUUGUGUCCCUGCAGGUCUCAGCAUCCGCGGCGCCCAGGAGGAGGACCCCCCAGACCCCCAGCUCAUGCGCUUAGACAACAUGUUGUUGGCGGAGGGAGUGGCGGGACCGGAGAAAGGCGGCGGAUCUGCUGCUGCGGCGGCUGCGGCCGCGGCCUCCGGCGGGGCGGGCGACAACUCCAUCGAACAUUCCGACUACAGAGCCAAACUCACCCAGAUCAGACAGAUCUACCACACAGAGCUGGAGAAAUACGAACAGGUGAGGAGGGGGGAGGGGCUUUACAUCCUCGUGGUUAACCUGCUCGAAACCUCAUUUAACAGUUUUUCUAAACGUCCAGGUUAACCUUAAAAACGUGGUUCUUAUUCCACCAUUAAGACGUUUAAGAAGGUGGAUCUACCGCUGAGUCGUACGUCAUUCUCCACGUUACUUACGAACGCCAUGAAAAGCUUAUUGAGAGCGUUCGGGGAAAAUUGCAGUGAGCAUGCACGCGUUCGCAGCCGAGGAGAAAUUGCAGUAUUAUUCAGUGUGUUGUACUUAAUUAUAGAGAUCCAGAGCAGCGAGUGCCUUAGUCAUGGGUGUUAAAUGAAAGUAUGAUCAGCUCCUUCACCUAGCACUCUGAGCCUGCCAUUAAACACAGAGGCAUUAUGGGUGAAAAUAGAAGGUGUAACAGUGAUGCCUCAGCAAGCCGCUGAGGUAAAUUAGACUAAUUUACUCGCCGCUCUCUGAGAGAGGAGGUGGGGACGCGGGGGCGCACAACACUUCUCCGGGAGUAAAUGCAUCUUUCUUAAGGGUGUUUCCAGGUUUUAAUUAUCUAAAUGUAAAUACUUAACGAAUUUUACUCAGAGUAAUGAGCUCAAGUGUGCACUACGUAAAUGAGUUAUUCUAAUUAAUCAUGUAUGAACUCCUGGUUUACCGAAAAGCUGUUUAAAUUCGCUCGGCAUUAGGAGGCCGGCCAAAUUACUAAACUGCAAUGAUGACCUCAGCGGUUAUGUCGUCAGAGUAAUUCAUGAAAAACACGUUAUGAUGGCGAAGGUUCGGUGAAACGAUGAGCAGACUUCAGGAGUCCUGGGGAGGUCUCUGGUCUCACUCUGGACCCUCUUUCUCUCUGUCACUCUGCAGGCGUGCAACGAAUUCACGACCCACGUGAUGAACCUGCUGAGGGAACAGUCUCGCACGCGGCCCAUCUCCCCCAAAGAGAUCGAGCGUAUGGUGGGAAUCAUCCACCGUAAGUUCAGCUCCAUCCAGAUGCAGCUGAAACAGAGCACCUGUGAGGCUGUCAUGAUCCUGCGCUCCAGAUUCCUCGAUGCCAGGUCAGUGGAUCUCAUGUGUGUGUGUGUGUGUGUGUGUGUGUGUGUGUGCGUGUUGGUAUCUAGAAACUUUUACUUCCUCCAGAUGACCCAUAUAAGCUCACCCAGUGGGCGAGGUCAUUGUCAGGUCUGAACUUUGUGUUUUUUCGCUCCCACUUUUCUGGCACACGACACAGUGUGAGCUCUGCAGAGACGCAUGAUUUAACCGUGUCCACGCUCUGCGCAUGAUCCAUCCUCCAGACAAUCAUGCCCCCAGCACCUGAUAGCAGUUAAGACCAAAUGAAACAGGGGGCCGAGUCCCGGGUAAUGGAUGGAGGGGAGGUCAUCAGCAGGUGUUUGGGAUUAAUCUAAUCACUAGCAGCAUGGUGCAGCGAGGGGCUCUGCAGAGAAGGGGGCACAAGUUGGAGGCCAAACAAGCCAAGUGGAAGCACAUUUGCUGCCUGCUGCCUGUGUGAAGCGCGGUAAACAAGGCAAAAUAAGCAAAUGCUCAACAACAUGAUAAGUAGUGCCCUUGGGAGGGAACAGGGACCCAGAUCUAGUUAGAGUUUGCUUGUUUCUGCUGCAGAUCCCUGGGGCUGUGGCACUUCAGGAACAAUGCUCAACUGUGCAUGCCGUGAUUUCUAUAAUGCACCGAGAUGCACUCCGACUGGGCUUUGCGCUCCAUCACAAAGCCCACCCAUCCGCUGCACUAAACUCUCCACAUUACACGCUUGGACUGGAGAUUGCGGACCAACAGACCAAAUUAAACAUUGUAUGUGUUUUGCGACUGUGUGUGUGUUUGUGCGCGCUUGUUAUCGGCCAAAGUCGGCUUUGGUCUUCCGUGUGUUUGACGAGACUUUUGGAGCAGGACACGAUAUCCGGCUCCUGAGGGCCCCGCAGCCCAUUCCUCAUUAUUUUCACCGUUUAUGUGUGAGAUUGAUUGUGCAAUUUGUGCGAUCCAAAUGGAUGAGUUAAUGCCGGUCCUGGCUAAUAGGGCUCGCUCGGCCUUUUCUCUCGUUUUUCCUCUCUCAACCCAGGCGGAAAAGGAGAAACUUCAGCAAGCAGGCCACGGAAAUUUUGAACGAAUAUUUCUACUCGCACCUCAGCAACCCGUACCCGAGCGAGGAGGCCAAAGAGGAGCUGGCGAAGAAGUGCAGCAUCACAGUUUCCCAGGUGGGUAGUUGCUCCUCCUUGUACAGUAGCUGGUGGGUAAUCAGGGUGGGAAAGCCUAGAGGGAUAGUUAGCGUAGGUCGCUCCAUUGACAAGACACAAUGUCCGUCCUUAGCUAACCUUGACAUUGUGGCUGCCUAAUGAUGCUUCAGUCAAGGCUGGUCCCAGUCAGUCAGAGCGGGGGGCCGCAGGGAGGGGAGGCCUAUAUCAUCUUGGCCUCAAUCAAAGCACUAUGUUGUCCUUCCUUACGCGGGGUCCCCUGCCAUUUUUACCCCUCAUUCCCAUCCACCAUGAGUGCUCUCUGCGGUGGCUGGUCAGCCGCGCAGGUCAUAAGCCGGGAAGAAAAAUAGCCUCAUCCUUUAGUUGAAGAAGAAAAGCAGUUAAAGAAACGCUGCCUGAUAUUUAUUAGGAUGUUUUUUUCUCUCUUCGAGUGACCUUGCAGGACUCUGCUAAUUCACAGUUAAAGACGCCUCUUUUUCCCACUUCCUAAAAAUAUAAAUAUAGAUACGACUAGCUUUUCUUCACGGGGGGAACCUGAAGGCAACAUCUCUCACACCUAACCCCCCCACAUCCAAAAGCCUGAUUAUCCUUUCCUCUCCUGCUAUGAUUGUGACUAGACUUUUCUUUCCUACCCUAUUGUUCUGUGGUUGUCCUCAUGAGACAGGAUAUGAGAGAAACAUGAAUCUAUACAAUAAUCUGCAGUGUUUUUUUGUGCUGUGUGGGGAGGGGGUAUAUUGAGUGUAGUCAUGAAGAGUCAGAUACUGUAAAAGCCCAUUCUUUUUUGCCUUCAGGGGGUGGGAAGCACCAUCACAGUAUCACAGGUAUGUCAUGACUUCUCCUGAUCCACUGUUUUCAUUUGUUUUUCUCUUUCUUUUCUUUUUUUGUUGAUGAUGUUAAAUGAUGUUUUAGCCUCACAGUUUUUGCACUGCACAGAUCCUCCCUCCCUCCCUCACACCACUGCUACAUGCUAAUGCUAUCAUAAACUGCAGUCUUUACCGUUUCUUUGACAUGUUUGAAAACGCAGAUUACAACUUUUGACAUUUCACUUUUAAGAACACAGACUGAUCCAUGUUUUAAACUACACUCAUGUUAUUAUCACCAUAUUAUUAUUAUUAUUAUUAUUAAUAUUAUUAUGUGUGUACUGAUGUGAAACUGUACCUUUGUUUGCUUUGGUUUACAUUUGUUUGUUGAAGAACUUGAACUGAUUGUGUGGUACUUUCCAAUCUCAGUUAAUUUACAUCCCUGAAGCUGCUGUGUGCUGUGAGUGGUCCCGGACCCUCACAAAUGGAGCUCCACUUUGUUAUCUGAAGGCCACUGUACUGGUUCCCAUGAGAGCGAAUCAGUCGGAGCAGAAAUUAGAGGGCUUUUAAAAAUUCACUUGAACUCAUCUCAGGCCCCAUUAGUGGCGAGCUGCUGGACGGGCGGAGGCCGCCGCUGCCGCCGCCGCAGACGUCCGUAUUGACUUAUUCUUAGUGCUUUGGCUCAUUUUAAGUGAGUAACAAAGUCAGAGGCUCGACAUGACGCCGUAAGUGUGUUAUCGCUCAUCGGGCCCCGGCCCCUUCAGACUCACAAACGCUACUUUGAGGGCUCGGCUGAGUCAUUUUUCAAGCACACCCCUAAAACGCUUGUCUUUUUUGCAGCUUUGUUUAUUGCACGAGCAGUUCAUUAAGAAAAAAAACCAUCAGCAGUGAAUGGUAUGCCAAUAUCUGUCUGCAGCUAGGCUCAAUACAUCAUCGCUGACGAAACACUCUGCAUCAUAUUACCAGAAAAUACGAGAGACGCUCAAAGAGAGGAAAAACGCUCUGAUCUCUGCGGGUCCGAUCAGGAGGAUUUUAGUCAGACUUAGAUUCUCCAGGAGCCAAAAAUCACUUAAUACAAAAUCAUGAUACUAAGGUCACAGUAAAUAUUAAUUUAAAUACAAAGUUUUACAGGUAGUUUAUGUCGAAUGAGUCAGUUUGCUUUACUUUGUUUUAGAGAUUGUACGGUAAACAGACCGACAAUCACUGCGAUUGUUUGAGACACAGUACAAAGACCAGAGCAGCUUAUCUGAGUGUUAAUGUUUGGUCUUAAAUUAUGCAAACUUUGAUAAACAGGAUAAUUGAAAGGUAAAUAAGUGACAUUUGCAUUUUAUUCAGACUAAAUUUUAUUCAGACACUAAAACUCUAACAGGUGUUUGAAAACUUUGAUUAUCUAUUUUAUUAAUAGAUAAGAACUGUGUAUUGAUAACAGAUUACAGAGGAAGAUACCACAGUACUGUAGGCCCUCAUAUCACUGUGUCAGUUAUCAUUGACUUCAACAAGUCGUAUUAAAGACUUUGAGACUUUUUAAAGUACGCAAUGAAAACAAUUUCAGACCCAUUUUACAUCUAUACUGGAAAAAAAGGACAUAAGACAUGAGGGGAAAUCGAAACAUCUUACAUUACUUCAAAUCAAUCUAUAUUCCUAUCGCAUAUUAUUUGUUUUUAAGUUGAGUUAAAACAUUUUAAUGACCUUUAAAAACAUGUUUAAGACAUUUUGAUGAGAUUUUAAAAUAAUUUUAGACAUUUUAAGGCCUUAAAUUCAAAUGAUUGGAUUUUAGACACGUACAGAGUCACGUAGAUAUCUUGAUGCAGUUUAUUUCUGGACUUGUGAGCGUUGUGUUCAGCAAUGUGCAGUUUCUGUGCGGCUGUGUAGCUUUUAUUAGCAUUAUCAUACAACCUGAAGGUAUGCGAGUUUAGCUCAGCCUGUAGAUGCAAAAUAAGAAUAGAAACUAUCCGCUGAGACAUGCCUCCCAUGUCUGUUUUGUCCACAGGGGGCGCUGAAAUCAGCACAAAACUAAAGUUCCUUACAGGAGCUUUAACUAGGCGGAAAUUUUGAUGUUAUAUUUUGAUGUAAGACGUGUCCUGAAUGAAGGCUUGUGAUUGGACGGUUUGGUUUAGCGUUUGCGUACACAUUGCUAGAUAAAGUUGUGGUGUUGGUUGAAGAGUUGAGGUUUUUUCGGUGUACGGUUGAAGAUUUAAAGCAGAUCCUCACAUUUUUCUCCAGAGUGACACUUUUCAAUAUUUCAUAACUCUGUGAAUUUAGUGAAGCUUGAGUUCUUAUUCAUUUUUAAUGCUGCUGCCUGUAUAAUUGAUGCUUUCCCAGCCUGUGAGUCCACCUCUGUAUGUGUGUUUAAGGCUCAGGGCAUUGUAACCCCGGAUAUAUUGGGAUCAUACACUGAUCAUGCAUUGCCUUACAUUGAGUAGCGAGCAGUAUUGACCUGAAAUAGGGUGAAAUAGUUUGAAUUAUUAAGCAGAGCUCGGCGGCCUCUCUCGUGGGCAGCAGCAGCAGCAGUGUAGGCAGCGGAUAUCGUGUUCUUGCACAGAGUCUGCAUGGUCAUUAUACAAUCGCUGCCUCUGAGGCUGCUGAUGUCAGGUAAUUCAAUCUCACAACCUGGUUCUCACCACACAUAGGAGUCAAUUGAAUGCAUGGCCUGCCACAAGAUAAAAGGGAAUUAGUUCUGUAGAUUGGGUUGUGCUCCACACCUUCCAGAGCAGUGCAUUUGUUCAAUAUUUAGCUGAACCCCAGAAUCACUAAAGCCAGAGUUCAGUGGGCAGGAGAGAAAUGUGCAUGUAGGACUGAGAGGGAGAGAGGGAGAGAGAGAGAGAGGGCUGGAGUAACGUCCAGAAUCUACUGCCAGCAGGGUCUUGUAACACCAUGUAGUGGCAGAAAACAGUCAUAGCACACUUCAUCAGAGACUCAAUAAUAAGAACAUUUUAAAGAAACAUACAGAAACAUAAUAAACUGCUGACAUAUCUGUUAGAGGUGAACUAAUCUGCAGCUGUCAGCUCUCAGGAUUAACGUUGAAAAUACGUCCUCAUGUUGUGCAAACACCUAAACUGACACUUGAAUAACUGCAGUUGUGUUUUUUUAUUCACUGUUUGCACAACAUAGUGUUAAAUUAAACAGGAUAGUGAUGAGCUUUAGAGAGCAGUUUCCCCAAUUCCCCGGCUUUCUUCACAGCAGUGUCUGAAAGAGGAGAAUAUUGCCUGGUCUUUGGCUCCACUAUCCACUCUAAGCAGGUUAAGUAAAAAGGAUGAUGGCCAGGGCUUUCAUUGCUUCCAAUUAAACCUUGCUUGUUAGUUUAACCUCUAGGUAAACCCAUCAAACAAUUGAUGUCAAGGAAACCCUGCCAACAGUGGGCCUCGCCUGAAUGGUCAUUAAUUUUAAUUGCCUAGAUAUUAAAGAUUUAGAGCACAGAGACGUGCAGGAUAGAAAUGAUCUGAUGUCCUGCAAAUCCAGUCAGUUUUCACGCCGCAGCAUCAGCGAGCUGCUGGGGAUAUUAAAAUUUAAGCACAUGGGUGGAAAUUAAAUAAAGCGUCAUUAGGGGCAGCUGCUCUUUGGCUGGUCCAGCCGUGGGCUGCGGGGCCUGAGAAGGACGGGGGGUGGGAGGGUGGCGGCGGUGGUGUAGGGGGCGGCGGUGCAGCGACAAGACACUCUAAUUUAUAGAACCAUUAAAAACAAGCAUCACCUCAUUAUUAUUCCACGGUUAUUGCCGAGCCAGCACUCACACAUAAGGUUCACCCUGUACAAGUUUUCAGUCUGACUGAUGCGGAGUGUCAUCAUCUCAGUUCAACAGAAUUAGCAUUUCCAGCUGCACACGGUCUGAAUACGCCCACUUUCACAGCUCAGGACUACCUUCACCUGAGAGUGUGUGUUAGAGACACAACACAGGAGGUGAAGGAGGAAACUACACCUGCUGGAAACGGAAGAUUAAAAACACCUCGAGUAUCUUUACAUUUGGAUUUAAUAAUCGACUGAAAACUAGAUUUUCACGUCCACAUCAGAAGAAGAGAGGAUGAUAUUGUCAGAUAAAUACAUGAAAAUUAUUGAUCAUGACUCACAGGACCUUUUUGUCCUCGUGGGCCACUGUUGCAUCUGGAUUUAACACCAGAAGAGGUGAACAAGAGAGCAUCCAAGUGUUGAUUAGAUAUUUUUAAAGACACACUGGACCUUUAAGAGUUUGAUUUAACAUUUCUGUUUUAUUCUAAUCCCUGAAAAUGUCUAACUCUUUUUUAUGAAUGAGCACAAACAGCAAAAGCAGCUUCUACCAUAAUUUAGUGUCCUCACACUCACACACAUGUUGUAUUAAUGUUUAAUUCUUUAAAGCUCCUGUGAGGAACUUUAAAGACAGUCUGUGUCAGCUUGUGGUUUUUGUUUAUCUCGUCCUUUACAUGCUUAGUUAGGGACUUAUGACAGUCGAUCAGAUUAUUUUUUAUGAUUAUUCUUAGCAGUAACUGUAAAAACAGGCCUACAAAUUCACGUCAGCUGAUACCUACCCCCCACACACACACACCUAAUUAAGCCACAGAAAAGUGGAAAAUCAAACUCAUCAAUCAUGUUGCUGAUCGUUUCAUUUGCUUUUGGACAUCAUGACGAGGUAUAGAUAUGAAUUUUAGUCAAUUUCAUAUAUGUAAAAAAACUCCUCACUGGAGCUUUAAAAUAAAUCUGUUCCGUGACCAAAACGAACCAAAUCCAAUUAUAAAGAGGUGAUUUCACUGAAGCUAAAGUCUGAUUUUUUUCAUAUUGAAGGUUUUUCUUUUAUUUUACAUUUGAAUGUUUGUGCUGUAAAUGACCUGAGGGUGUAUUUGCCUCUUAUAUUUCAUAAUUCAACAUUUCCAUAAGGUGUCAGUCACUCUGACUCACUGAUCUGGAAUCAGUGAGGAUUCCUCCGAGGGUAAAAAUACGAGCAUUGACAUAUUUCACAGAGGGAUUUGCAUCUGUAACUAUCAGGAGGAGCGCUCUGUAUAUGUUACACCGACUUUAGUGUGUGUGUGUAAGUGUGUGUGUGUGUGUGCGCAGUCGGAGCCCCUUGUGUUUUAGUUUUGUCUGGAGACACAUCUGAGAGCAUGUCAUGCUCCCAUCCAUGAGAAGACACGAGUGGCUCCUGAUUACGGCUUAAUUAGCUGCUGUACCCGGCGGACAUUACUGCAGGGGCUGGGAAUUGGGUACUUGAUGGACCCAAACAUGACAUCUUGAAACAAUCACACUGCUCAGUGCACGCUGCUGUGGCUGCUUGACGUCUGACUCCUCUGCUCCUCCUCCCUCUGCUCUCGCACACAGGUAUCCAACUGGUUUGGCAACAAAAGGAUCCGGUACAAGAAAAAUAUCGGCAAGUUUCAGGAAGAAGCCAACCUGUAUGCCGCCAAGACCGCCGUAAACGCGGCGCAUGCUGCAGCCGCUGCAGUGCAGAACAGCCAGGCCAACUCCCCUACCACACCCAACUCCGGUAGGCCUCUCUGCAUUUAGACAAAAACCAGAUCUGCCCUCUACCUCAGCUGUUAACCUGCUGCCUACCUACCUACCUACCUGCCUCACUCUCUCAUGCACCAUUCACACAGAGAAGAGUGACAGGCUCUGCUCCCAGCUCGGGGAUCACAGUGUCUCCUGUCUAUAAGACGGUUGAUGCCGAGCAAACUCAUGCAUAAAGACAGCCUUCCUGACUCCUGAACCGAGAACAUAUGUAUUUUUGGGCAAAAAUAGAAACGCAUCAGAAAGAUGCCAUGGGAUUUGUUUUUCCCCUUGACUUUCUGUCAACUCGCUGUCAUUUCUAAUGUAAUGGUAUGUAGCCGCACUGAACAACGGGAGGGUUGCUUUUUCUGCAAGAUAAAGUUAGAGAUAAUGGCUGGGAGCAUUUUAGGUACAGUAGACUAUCUAUCUCUGAAUGCAUUCAUACUAAGAGUAAGAGUCAUGAGGGGGGGCAUGUUUAGUCCACUUUAAAGAUGAGUGAUGUAAUGCUGAGUUUGGACUUGGUUGACCUGCGUCUGGGUGUGGUAAGCUUAUGAAGUGGUCCCUUUUUCUUGCACCCAGGAUUCCAGAUGAAAGAUGAAGAGUUUCAGCUGGAUUCUGCCGAGAGCAAAAACACUCUUUUAACCAACAUGUUUACUGGUACUGGUCUUUUCAUAAGCUUCUUAUUGUCCUCCUUGUCAUUUACCAUGUGAUACCUCCCUGCCAAAACCUUAGAUUGGAAGUUGGUGAUGUGGAACAAUUGGGAGCUUAGGCGACCGGUCCCUCUUGUGUCAUGUGAUUUUCAUUUCAUUUGUGUCCACCGCAUUCGUAGAAAGAAAUAGAUCCUCUCGAGUCUCUCUGCAUCUCCUCCUCCUCCUCCUCCUCCUCUGGUUGUUUCUUUGCCUCCCCUCCCUCCUUCCUUCCACCCCUGUAGUUGCUUGCUUUAUUAUCGGGCUCCUCAUCCUUUAGUGUAUUUUUCUGUGUGCGUGGUGUGUGUGUCUCUGUGUGUCUGUGCUUUCCCUUUAUAGCCUUCUCUCAUGUAUUCAGCUACUUACAUCCUCCCUUUCCAGGUUCUUCAGGUUCUUUUAACCUCCCAAACUCUGGGGACAUGUUCUUGAGCAUGCAGAGUCUGAAUGGGGAUUCUUACCAAGGGGCACAAGUCGGAGCCAAUGUACAGUCACAGGUAGGAUCCACAAUCGGGGGACAGUUCCUGACUCUAGCAGUGCAGAGAGCUGUCCUUGUCUUGCCUGUGUACUGAGCCAUCCACAGUGCAGUCUGAAGCACAACCAAAAACAGACCAAUGAGAACAGAAACUAAGACGCUGCUGCAGUUCUAGACAAACAGCAUCCCGGCCCGCUAAAAGAAGUCCGAUUGGCCCGAGUGUUUACCGACUAUUUCGCUUUGGAUGGAAUAUUUUGGCAGCCAAAAUAUGAUCCCACCCCACAAAACAAUUCACUGGUUUCUAUUCCAAACACCUCCAGUAAACUCUGAGUGAAUGCAUUUGGCUUUGACUUGAACUCUUGGGUUGGUAUUUCUGGGUUUCUGGUACUGUGUUUCCCCCUUUUUUCUGUAUUUUGAUCCUGUCUCAUCUCGUUAUUGUGUGUUUGUUGACGUCUCCCAUUCUGUUAGUUUAAUGCAGCUGACGCACAAUCACUGCCAUGCACAUAGACAACAAAAAUACACACACACACACACACUGCUGAGUCAUGACUCAGGUUAAAACACACACACACACAGACUUCUGCAGCAGACACACCAGCAUGCUGGUUAAGUCAGUUUGCUUUUUCCAUCAUUACAGAAACAUUCGAGCUGAUUUCACACUUUAGUCAGAACCUGUAACCUCACUGAGCAUGUGCACAGUUAGUGUCGUGGCCGGCGCCCGGACUCUGAGCUGACGGGCUUGUCCACCUUGUCUGUCCCCUCAGGUGGAUACCCUGCGCCAUGUUAUCAGUCAGACGGCAGGAUACAAUGAUGCUCUGGGGGGAAACUCCAUGUACAGUCCACACGGAUUAAAUGUAAGUAGAUGUUCACCUGUCAUCUAUUUGUUCCAGUAAAUACUGUCGACUCUUUCUGCUGCUUUUAUUUCUAUGAUGGAGAAACGACCGUGCGUUACUUUUGAAUAACGUGAUGACAGAAGUUUUCAGAGGGAAUCUAAACUAGGGUUGUCCCGAUAUGAUAUUGAUAUCAGAUAUCGGUCUGAUAUCAGCCAAAAAAUAAAUAUCGGAUGAUGUCCUGCAUCUAAAAUCUAUAUCAGCACUCCAAUACAAGCAAUCCAUUCCAGACUCCAGCACCUAUUGCUAGCAUGCAGAGCCCACGUGAUCACAACAACAGUGUGUACAAAGGUACAAACAAAGCAGUAAGGAGCAGGAGUGAUGUUGGACAUGUGGCAGUAUUUGUUGUUAAAAGUCAGAUAAAGACGUUGCAGCUGAGUAAAAAACUUGUCAUGCACAAGUUUGUGCCAAUUGGAUCAAUAUCGGUAUUGGCCGAUACUGAAGGAUACAAUAUCGGUAUAGUAUCAGAAGUAAAAUGUUGUAUUAGCACACCCCUAAUAUAAACUGAUGUUUCAAACAGCUGAGGGAAUUUCCUUCACUAAUAAAAAGGUUGUAGAGACACAGACAGGAGCUGCACAGACAUAAGGGCCCCUAACAAAGAGAGCUCUCUGCUGCACUGAUGGACCCUCACUGUUUCAUCUUUAGGGGGCCUUUUAUACUCAGUACCUCCCUCAAAUCCACCCUCAUGACUCUCAGCCAAUCAGUCUUUAUUUAUAGAGUACUAAUUCACAACAAGUGUUAUCCUAAGACAAUGAACAAAAAAGCUGGUCCGAGUGGAUCAAGAUGUUGGAGUUUAAACUUGUUAUUAAACUCAGAACUUGUUAGUUUUUCAUUCAGAUAUUAACAUAUAUUAUUAUAUAUAUUCAGAUAUAUUAAAACGUUCACAAGAUAUUAUAUUUACGACUUAUAAGACUUCAUAAAAUGUCACUAUAAGUUGUUAUGAAAGCGUUAAAUCACCUUUAAAGUCUCACUAUAUUGUUGUAUUUAGUCAAAUUUAAAACAGCAGCAACAACAAUACUGAGUUAUCAGCCGACCUGUCCUCACAUGACUGCAUCAACACUGACAUCAGCCGGUCACCUCACUACGGAGGAAGACUAGGGCCACUGAGAAAAAAAAGAGGUCUGAUAUAUAAAUUUUAAAGAAUUAUUAUUCAGAGAAAAAAAGUCUGAAAUCAGACUUCAGCCUCAGAAUUCAGACUCUGUGUUUCAUCAGAGUUUCUUCUACAAAGACUUAAACCUCCAUGAGGGAUCUGUUGGUCUCUGGUCUCCUCAAAGUCCUGGUUUCUGUAAACUCAGACUGAAACCAUCAGGUGUGGUUCGUUUGUCACCUGAUCUCUCUUUGGUUAAAAACACUUUCAGUCGUCUUCUGCCUCCGACCUCAAACAGGCUGAAACCAGAGAAGCUGAAUCCUGUUUUGAAAUGCUCCACAGAAUUUCCCGUCGCCUUAUCUCGGUGAUAAAAUACGAACAUGUGAUCGCCUGCAGCUCCUUCCAGACAUGAAUCCCAUCUUCCUUGAUGAGGUUUGAUAUGGCGCCUUUUUGUAAAGCAGCACGUAAUCUGCAGCUAUCAGGGUAAAGAUUAAUUUGGUUGAUGAGAGGAUGAGGAGAGAGGAAUAUCAUCAGACAGCAGCUUUCUCUGUAUCAGUGUGUUUGCUCCCUUCAUAUUGUCAUGCCUGUUGGGUAUAAUACUCGCAGAUUCACAGUCUAAUAUUAUUUAAAGCUUCGGCGUCAGAAAUGAGGCGUUAGUGUUACUGGAAAUGAAAAAGAAAGUGAUUUUCUGCUGAGAGAAAUUAACACUUUGGAUGUAAACAAAUGGAGGAGAGGAGGGGGAGGGGACUGAGUGACGCCGGCACUCUCUGCUUUCGGUGUCAUUUUGGCUUUGCUGAAGCCGUGUUGCUAUAAGCUCUUUAGACAUGUCAGCUCCUACCAGGAUCAAGUGUUUUUCACUUUCUCACAAGGUUUCUCACUUCCAUGCGCGGAGCAGACCUGUGCCCACUGGCUCAGCGCGGCUCAGUGUGAUCCUCACUAAAACAGCAACUGACGGCGCCGAGCAGCCUCCACACACGGGAAAAAAAGAGAGAAACAGAGACAGUAAUAACGGCGUCUGAAUCAUCCCAAAGAUCCUGUUUGGUUGGCAGAGCCCUCAGUGCGCUCUACAGAUGUAUUAGCAUAGCCUAACCUUUAGCUUUGUUGGCGGUGACGUAGAAGGAUCCAGUAAAGGCUAGGUCACGCCUGGAGCGAGGCAAAGUCAGGCUGGCUAAGACUGGCUCUCUGGGAGAGGCCCUGCCCUGUCACUUCCACUCAGCUCUCCCCACCUCACCCGGCCCCGGCCCUCCCUCUUCCUGACUGACAGCAGAAUAUGUAGCGACAAGCUGUCGGCCGCUGCAGAAAUCUGCUUAGACGCUGAUUUCAGGGAGAGCUCCCAUUGGCCGGGACACCAGACAAAUUUGUUUGUGAGAGCGUCUUUGCUGAUGCUACUGUAACGCCGAGGACUAAUCACGCGGCGUCAGGGUGCGAGGGGCGUCUUAAUGUCAGCUGACACGAGCAGCAUCCGUGUCUCCGUUCCAUUUUUGGAGUGUUGUGUUUCGUUUUGGGAGUGAAAAUGUGUUUGUGCGGAUCGUGUUGCAGAGAGCGUGAUUGUAAUCUCAACCUUCUCCUAUUUGUGUCCCAGGCUAAUGGAGGGUGGCAAGAUGCAACGACUCCGUCUUCUGUAAUAUCUCCAACAGAAGGACCAGGAAGUGUGCACUCUGAUACCUCGAAUUGAUCCGCUAUUAAUGCAUCUUGGCCUCCAGCUGGGAAAACGGACUCUUUUAACGACACAUGAAGAAAAAAACAAACAAAAAAAAAACAGACUUUUCUCUUUCUGAUUUGUUUCCCUGUACGUUCAAAAAUUCACUCAAAUUACAGACGACCUGACAGUAAGUGUUUCCUGAUUGGUCGGUGGUUUCUUUCUGUCCUCAUACAUCAUUAUCAUGUGUUUAUUGUAGGGGUAAGCACACACACGCACACUCGCACACAAACACACAAACAGAUCUGGACUUCCUCUGACUCUGGAUGACACUCUCCUUUUAAUUUCUCUGAUUUCUGAUUUAAUUAGCGCUCUCGUCGGCGUCCGUAAUUACCGCUCUCAUUCAUUCACUUCCUAUAAAACAUAGAUUAAAGCAGCUGUUUCUUUGACUGUAAUGUGCUCGCAAUCUUGUCCGGCGAGUCAACAAUGCUAGCGCUGACAGCUCAAUGGCAGCUUUGUAGUUCCUUUCAAGAUUUAUUUUUGCCUUACAGCUGUAUACAUUAGUCCAAGGAAAUCACUAUUCAAAGUCUGCCACAUAAAGGAGUGUAAUUGAUUGCUUGACUUUAACAUGACACCAUUCCAUAUUUUAUAAUUUGAUGUUUAGUAUGUACAUAUGUAAACAUUUUUUUUGUACUGCUUAUCAAACAAACCCCCCCACUCUCCCCUCCGACAGUAGAUCAUCCCGUCACCACGCGCAGGAGCCGCCACCGCCGCCGCCUUCGCCGCGCCCGUUACACAGGAAAAGUUGUACAUAAUAUAGCUUAAGAGUAAUUAUACAUCCCACCAAUCAAUACGCAGCUUUAUUACCUCAUACGAAGUCACACACGGAUCAUUUCUGUCAUUUCUGUAGCUUAGAGUGCUCACUUACUACCUCUAAACAACGACGUCAUCGGCGCCACUCUUUCUUUGCCCUUCGCUCACCUUUUUAUGUCCUUCAUUUGACCCCCGCCCCGUCCUGUAACACUGUAAACUCCUCAUUCUCUAUGUAAUCUAAUGUAUAUUUUAAUCUUUUAAUAAAAUGCUGCGGCAGCACGGCCGCGUAAAACCACAAAAAUAAAACAAUGAAAAUGAUAACGAUAUUAAUACCAUGAAAAAUGGAGAGGGGGGAGGGAGGGAGGGAGGGAGAGGAGGGGAGGGGAGGGGGGAGGAAGUAGUUGGUGUGUGGCUUUUACGAGGGUGGGGGUCGGGGGGGCGAUGAUGAACAUUGUUGAUAAAUUAACAGCAAACAGUGAAACUGUUGUAAAUAGUGAAGAAGAAAAAAAACAUUUUGAAUGUUGCUCAUCUUGUUACUAAAUCAUGCAAAAAAAGAAAACGUCACUCUAAAAAGUGUAACGCUUAGAGGUUUCAGUAUUCAGAAGAACUGUACAUUCUCCGCCGCUCUGUCCAACAGGGCGCAGAACAAACUCCUUUUUCUCUUUUUUCUAUUGUAUGUGAUUCUGAAACUGAAAAAGUCAUGACCAAUGAUUUGUGGCAGUGAUUCUGAUGUAUUAAAGAUGAUGAUGAUGAUGUUUAGUGUUUCUUUCUAACCAGACUACACCCUGGACUGAAAAGUCUUCCUUGUGGUAGUUGUGUAAUUUCAAACAUGAAUAAACCUUUUGCUUUCAUGACAGCA